UCAGUGGGCUCUGUGUCUGCUGAAGAGAGGCCUGUGUCUGCUGAAGAGAGGCCUGUGUCUGCUGAAGAGAGGCCUGUGUCUGCUGAAGAGAGGCCUGUGUCUGCUGAAGAGAGGCCUGUGUCUGCUGAAGAGAGGCCUGUGUCUGCUGCUGCUGCUGCUGUCCACUCCAUGAGGGUCAGAGAGGGGGCGGAGCGGGAGGAGAUGGAGAGAGGGAGCAGAGAAGAUGGAGAGAGGAAGGCAGUGGGACAGAAAAGCCAGUGUUCCACUCUACCAGAGAAAGAGAGAAGGGACAGACCCCAAGGGCUGGUGUCUCUCUCUCAUUCUUUCAUUCUCUUUUCCCCCGUUCUGUUUCCCUCCCCUCUUUUUCUGUCUCUAGUCUUGCGUUCCAAGUCUCGAACGUGAGAAAUCCUGGAAGUCCAGUUUCCCCUUUUUCUAGAUCCUGCAUCAGAAACGUUACUGUCUUUUCAUGAGAGCCAGUGACCUUACAUACAUACAUACAUUAAUAAGUGUUAUCCAGGGCAAGCCUUUAAUGGUUACUAGAAUGUGUGUUAUUUUUAUAACACUGAAGCACGAGCAGCGCUGUGGUAAUAUGGAGCCAGACGUUCCUUCUCCCCUGUUCACUCUCACUCUCUCCCCCUGCUAACAGAAUGGAGUGCAUUCUUCUCUGAGCAGAGAAUUCUGCAGGCUCACGCCACGGGUUUGGUUUACACUCCACUAAUAAAUAACUAUUAUUGCCCUAUGACAGCCCCUCUAUACCUCUUUGGUUUAAUAUAAUAACUAGGGAAUAAAAACAGUGUGUUGGGAUGAUUUAGAAAGCACACAGCUUGGUCAGAUACACCCAGAGCUCUGCUGCACAUUGUGAUGUAUUGUAAGAGUGUUAUGACCAUUGUGGGGGUGGGUGACUGUAAAGUGGUUGAAUAGAGAAGUGGUUGUGUGGAGAGAGAAGUGGUGGGGAUGUUGAAUAAUUAACCAGAGGCAUUGACUGCAGAGUUCUAGCCUCCCUUUCUCUGAGUUCUAGUCUCUUGUUUCACUCUGUCAACAGUUUGUCUGAGCCGCUGGUUACAGCACUAUGAGCAGUCCAAGACACAGAGAAUGGGGCGAUGGGUAGGUGACCCCUCAGAUACAGCCACAACCUUAAUGAGUGUUGCCACCAGGCACAGACACUGUCUGGAAUGAUAUAGAGAGAAAUAGUAAUGGCGUCUUUUUGUAGGCACUAACUCCGCCAUGGUUCGUUGGAUGAAUGGUGUUUUUGUAGGGUUUUUGGAUAAACACCGAAAAUAGGGUCUAUGGUAAAUACAGGAUUAGGAGAUCUUAUAAAUGUUGUUCUAUGAGAUAAUCAGCUAACAUCACUUUUUGUGAAUUUUGACGCAUUUAUGUGAUUAAAAAGGCUUUAUUAUUCAUAAAGGUCAUGUUAACUGACUGCUAUUAUCUCAUAGAACAAAAUGUAUAAGAUCUCCUAAACCUGUGUUAACCUCAGACCUUACUUCCAGCUUUUAUCCCAAAACCCUUUUCUUUCCUAUUUCAUUUUCCCCAUAGGAAUGGCUGAACGAACCAGAGGUAACUCAUAUCCGGUUAUUAGGACUACAAGCUGGUGAGCUCUAUAGGGACAUCUAUAUGGGAAAGAGCAUCCCUGUCUGAGAACAUGAUAUGGGAAUAUGAUAGCCAUGAUGUCAUAACUGUAAUUUGACUCCAUCUAGAAGGAGGGUGGUAUUACUGGCAUGCAGCACAUCGCUUAUCAUGGUACACAGUGACAUACGUGACAUGCUACACCAUUUUAUGUAACUCCAGCAGUAGCAGUGCUCAGCUCAUUAUUUUUGUCAGCUACUCCCUGUCAGAGUAACCUAUGGAGAUGACAGAUGGUUGCCUACCAACACCUUAACGCCUCCCCACUCUUCCACCCAACAGCUUUCCAUCCUACCCUUCACCACACUAACCCCUACCACCCUACUUCCUCUCUGCAGCCUUCUAUCCUACCACCUUCUACCCUACUCCCUCUGCAGUCUUCCAUCCUACCACUUUCCACCCUACCCUCCAGUCUUCCAUCCUACCACUUCCCCUAGUCCCUCUCUGCAGUCUUCCAUCCUACCACCUUCCACCCUAGUCCCUCUCUGCAGUCUUCCAUCCUACCACCUUCCACCCUAGUCCCUCUCUGCAGUCUUCCAUCCUACCACCUCCACCCUAGUCCCUCUCUGCAGUCUUCCAUCCUACCACCUUCCACCCUAGUCCCUCUCUGCAGUCUUCCAUCCUACCACCUUCCACCCUAGUCCCUCUCUGCAGUCUUCCAUCCUACCACCUUCCACCCUAGUCCCUCUCUGCAGUCUUCCAUCCUACCACCUUCCACCCUAGUCCCUCUCUGCAGUCUUCCAUCCUACCACCUUCCACCUUCGACCCUAGUCCCUCUCUGCAGUCUUCCACCCUAGUCCCUCUCUGCAGUCUUCCAUCCUACCACCUUCCACCUUCCACCCUAGUCCCUCUCUGCAGUCUUCCACCCUAGUCCCUCUCUGCAGUCUUCCACCCUACUACCUUCCAGGUUUCCACCCUCCCCUCCACAGCCUUUGAUGAAUUAGGCCAAUUCUCUCACUGCUGUGUCCGAUCACAACCAGAUUAGUCUUCCUCAGCACUGCUGCGUGUCAUGCUGGGGUUAUUUUUCUCCCUGUGUGUGUGUGUACAGUGUGGACUAUGUGUGUACUGUGUGUGUGUGUGUGUGUGUGCGCACUCCGUGGUGGGCUGGAGAGGGAACAGCCAUCUCUGGCGCUGCUGGCCAACUCAAACAAACCACAACACGCUGGCAGUUCGAGAGUGAGAGAGUGUGUGUGUGUGUGUGUGUGAAUGUGAGUGUGUGUAUGACUUUGAGUAUGACUGUGUGUGUAUGACUGUGUGUGCGAGCUCCCGGCCGUUUCCUACAGCCAGCUCCAAAAAUAACCCCUGCUAACAAUAUUUAAUCCCCGGGCUGCCCUCUCUCUGCUGGGGUGAGUGGGGAGGUGAUUGGGGAGGUGAUUGGGGAGGUGCAGGCAGGUGGAGAUAUUGUUCAAAUUCAGACUUAGCUGGUAAUCUGGGUGGAGGGGUUAGCGCUACCCUAGCAUGGACCAGGGGCUGAUGGAUGAAGAGAGGGGGAGAAGGGGCAGAGGGGUGAGGAGAGGGAGAGGGGGGAGAGGUGAGGAGGGUGAAGUGUCUCCUACAUAGUAGAUUGACUGAUCCUGAACAUCUCCUCUCCAACUGCCAUGUUAAACCUUUAAUCUCUCACUCCGUCACUAUGGGAGAUUCUCAUUUGGGCAAAAAACAGUCCUCUCUCCUCCGUCCUCUCUCCUCCAUGACACAGAAACCAAUAAGUGGUUGAGUGGUCGAGGGGUGUGUAAUUUCGUUAGUAGGCAAAUGGAAGUGUCAUCCCCUCCUCGAUAGCCAUCUUUCAUCAAGGAUACUCAUGUGUAUCCUGCCGCAGAAGAGUUAUGAACUCUGCCACACCCCCUUUGAAAUCUGCCACACCCCCUUUGAAUCAGCUUUUGUUUUGUCAGAGGAGAAAAACAUGCACACGUUUAAAAAACGAUAUGCUACUUGUAUUAUUUAUAAAAUGUCUUGCACAACUAACUUAAUUUGUUUUGAGCACUUUCCACAUUUAUUUUGGGAUCCACUCCUGUAAACGCCAUUUAUUUUGGGAUCCACCCCUGUAAACCUAAUUUAUUUUGGCAUCCACCCCUGUAAACCUAAUUUAUUUUGGCAUCCACCCCUGUAAACCUAAUUUAUUUUGGGAUCCACCCCUGUAAACCUAAUUUAUUUUGGGAUCCACCCCUGUAAACCUAAUUUGCCUAAUGACGCGCGAGUGGAGAAGGAGCGGUUCAUUUCAAGCAGAGAGCAUUUCCAUCCACGUUCCCUCUCCUCGCCGACUCCCCUCAAUUACCUUUGACCUUUUUCAAAAGGAGGCGAGGGAGGACGGAGCAGAAAGGAUGCAGGAGGUGAGCAAAUCUAAUUGAUAAAAGGCCCGUGUGACAACACAGAUCACCUUCUAAUGGUUCCCUCAUCAACUGGCAUUGGCCUAGCCUAGCUUGGUACCAGAUCAGGUCUGUAGUCUAUGUGCUUUGGCUUAAAACUGAAAUCUGCACAAGGGGAAACUGUUCGCCCCCAGCACAUUUGUUAUUGUUUUUGUUUUGUUUAGAGAGGAGCAUCCAGCUUCGUGUAAAAAAAGAAAUCACAGUACAUACUACAUACUCUGCUGUUCUAUCACAUGUGCAAUGAUGUCAAAUGAUAUUGUAUUGGUCACAUACACGUGUUUAGCAGAUGUUAUUGCGGGUGUAGCGAAAUGCUUGUGCUUCUAGCUCCGACAGUGCAGUAAUAUCUAAGUAAUAUCUAACAAUUUCACAACAUAUAACCAAUACACACAAACCUAAGUAAGGAAUUAAUUAAGAAUAUAUACAUAUAUUGACAAGCGAUGUCAGAGCAGCAUGGACUAAGAUACAGUAGAAUAGUAUAGAAUACAGUAUAUAAAUAUGAGAUGAGUAAUGCAGAUAUCUAAACAUUAAAGUGACUAAGAUACCGUAGAAUAGUAUAUAAUACAGUAUAUACAGUACAUAUGAGAUGAGUAAUGCAAGAUAUGUAAACAUUAUUAAAGUGGCUAGUGUUCCAUUUCUUAAAGUGGCUAGUGAUUUGUGCAAUGAUGUGCAAUGAGGUAAAAAAUCAGUGUUGGUUGUUUGAAGAGACUUCUUUUUUGUUGUAAUAUCACAAACGGAUGUGGCAGUUUCACUAUUACGGAUUCCAGCUUUAAGCCAACUCCUCAGCUCUGACUACGGUUGCUAUGUAGUCAAUGUAUGUUGGCUAAAACUAUGCUAGGCUAAUCUCUGUGUGUAACUGCUGCUUUCUGUAACCAUUAGAAUCUCCCUUUAUCGUGGACUGUUGUCAUCCUCCUGACUGCAUGCCUUAUUUGACUGUAGAUACAGCACAGUAGGUCAGGUUGGAGCAGAGAUGGCUGUUGUCGUUGUUGUCGAUGUGCAUUGUGAGACUGAGGUCAAAGAGGGUCCAUCUAGAUUGCUGUUUAAGCUGUAUCUACAGACUGGUGGUGGACAAUGGUAUGUGUUUGGCUCCUGGAGAAAACAGUGAAAGCUUCAAAGAUCUGAUUGGGUUAGCGUUUUAGAUGAAGAUAAAGGACUUCCAAUCUAAAUAUAGGCAAUUGAAUAACCCAACAAGUUAGAUGUCUUAUAGACCAUUCUGGGUGUAGCAAUCUUGCUAUAAAAAUGGAGCAAAUUGAGUAAAGUAUUUUACAUUCCUUGGUUUGAAAAUCAACAAUGAAUGACAGUUGUUAUGUGAGAUAAAUCAGAUUUAUGUGAUUGGAUUGUAUAACUCUUGGCAGACAUUUAACAUAUUUCAUUAAACCACUACUUUCAUGUUGUCUCUCUGAUCGUCUUUAUAUUACCUUGUGACAUCAAUGCUGCAUGAAGGCACGUAAAAGCAUAUUGACAUGAAACCAUGAUACUGGAACGUUGCUAAUCAGUGGUCAGGUCACCUCACCUCACAUUUUAUAUGUGUAUGUCCUGUCAUCCAUCUAUCAUCCUCCUUUUCUUUCCCCUCCUAUCCCCCUCUUUCCCUCCUAUCCCCUAUUCCCCCCUAUUUCCCCUCCUACCCACGGGAGCUCACCCGCCACCCCUCGUGCCCCCCGAGCCCCCUUGCCCCCAGCCAACGGCCUCUACCCCCGGCAUCCGCGAGCCCCGCUCCCGGCUCCCCGACCGCUCGGGACCCACAGCCCCUCUUCCCCCUCCCAGCCCCGCUAGCCCCCUCUUCACCCGUCCCUACCCCUCUGUUCCCCGUCCAGACCCCCUCUUCCCUCCUAUCCCCCGCUUCCCGUCCUAUCCCCCGCGGUCCCCUCGAUCCCCCGUUUUCCCCUCCAUCCCCGCUUUCCCCAUACCUAUCACCCCUCUUUCCCCCCCUCCCCUCCUAUCCCCUCUUUCCCCCUACCCCUAUCCCCCUCCUAUCCCCCUGUUCCCUCCUAUUUCCCCCUCCACCCUCUUUCCCCUCCUAUCCCCUCAUUCCCUCCUAUCCCCUCCCAUCCCCCUCUUUCCCUCCUAUCCCCUCUUUCCCACGUAUGCACCCUCUAUUACCCCCUACUCCCUCUUUCCCUCUAUCUCUGUGCCCAUCCUAUCCCCUUUCCUCUCCCUGAUGACACCUCCUAUUCCCCUCUCCUCCUACCCCCUCUUUCCCAUCCUAUCCCCCUCUUCUCCUACUCUACUCCCCACAUAUUUACUCCUCUCUAUCCCUCCUCCGAAUAGCUCCUCUUGCUCCUCUAUCCGCCCCGAGGGAAGUACGCUAGCCGGUGCUCCAACAACUCAGACUCCACCACUGGAGGGCCACGAUCUGCGUAACUGACUCAGACUCCAGCCGACGAGGGGAGGAGAUAGCUAGCGGUGCUAACUGACUCAGACUCCAGCCGACGAGGGGAGGAGAUAGCUAGCUGCUAACUGACUCAGACUCCAGCCGACGAGGGGAGGAGAUAGUAGCGGUGUAAGACUCAGACUCCAGCCGCGAGGGAGUAGAUAGCUAGCUUGCUAACUGACUCGACUCCAGCCGACGGGGAGGAGAUAUACUACGGGGCUAACUGACUCAACUCCAGCCGACGAGGGAGGAUGACCUACGUGCUAACUGACUAGACCCAGGCCGCAGUGGAGAGCUAGCUAAGCGGUGCUAACUGACUCAGACUCCACGCCGACGGGGAGGAGAUUAGCUUAGCGGUGCUAACUGACUCAGACCUCCAGCCGACGAGGGGCAGGUAAUAGCUAGCUGUGGCCUAACUGACUUAACUCCAGCUCCGACGUGGAGGAGAUAGCUAACGGUGCUCACUGCCGGCUCAGCCUGACAUGGAGGAACCUCUCCACUGCGGGCACUGACCUAUAACCUCCAUGUCCACAGGGCCAGGAGUACAUAGUGUAACGACUCGACUCCACCGUCCGGGGGCCAAGCUGUAUCUACUACCACUCCACUGUCCCAGGCAGGUACCUAUUAACCCUUCCACUGUACCCAGGGCCAGAUGUACCAUCUAACCUCUCACUGUCCGGGCCACUGACCAAUCAACCCUUUCCAACUGUCCCAGGCCGCUGUACACUCACUUGCUACAUCCUGUUCCAUUCUCUCCUGCAUGUCUGUAUCCUAUCUAACUCUCCACUGUCCCGGGCCAGCUGUACUAUUAACCCUCUCCACUGUCCAGGCCAGCUGUACCUAUCUAACCCUCUCCACUGUCCCGGGCCAGCUGUACAUAUUUAACCCUCUCCACUGUCCCGGGCCAGCUGUACCUAUCUAACCCUUUCCACUGUCCCAGGCCAGCUGUACUAUCUAACCCUCUCCACUGUCCCUGGGCCAGCUGUACAUAUCUAACCCUCUCCACUGUCCCAGGCCCCUGUACCUAUCUAACCCUCUCCACUGUCCCGGGCCAGCUGUACAUAUCUAACCCUUCCACUGUCCCGGGCCAGCUGUACCUAUCUAACCCUCUCCACUGUCCCGGGCCAGCUGUACUUAUUAACCCUCUCCACUGUCCCGGGCCAGCUGUACUAUUAACCCUCUCCACUGUCCCAGGCCAGCUGUACCUAUCUAACCCUCUCCACUGUCCCGGGCCAGCUGUACCUAUCUAACCCUCUCCACUGUCCCGGGCCAGCUGUACCUAUCUAACCCUCUCCACUGUCCCGGGCCAGCUGUACAUAUUUAACCCUCUCCACUGUCCCGGCCAGCUGUACCUAUCUAACCUCUCCACUGUCCAGGCCAGCUGUACCUAUCUAACCCUCUCCACUGUCCCGGCCAGCUGUACCUAUCUAACCCUCUCCACUGUCCCGGGCCAGCUGUACCUAUCUAACCCUUUCCACUGUCCCGGGCCAGCUGUACCUAUCUAACCCUCUCCACUGUCCCAGGCCAGCUGUACCUAUCUAACCCUCUCCACUGUCCCAGGCCAGCUGUACCUAUCUAACCCUCUCCACUGUCCCGGGCCAGCUGUACCUAUCUAACCCUCUCCACUGUCCCGGGCCAGCUGUACCUAUCUAACCCUCUCCACUGUCCUGGGCCAGCUGUACCUAUCUAACCCUCUCCACUGUACUGGCUAGCUGUGUACCUAUCUAGCCCUCUCCACUUGGUCCGGCCUAUCUAACCCUCUCUGGCUGUACUGUACUGACAGCCUCCCCAGCAGCCAGCAGACAGGGUUUGGGGCAUGGGGUGGUGGUGUGGACUGGAGCAGUGCAGACAGAGAGGAGUGGUGUGAUAUUGAGUGUGGUGUGGUGAUGCAGUCAACGCCCAGGCAGGCAGGCAGGCAUGUGCAGGGGAAGGAAGGGUAGGGAAGCCCAGCUCUGAUUGGGUUAUUAUCAGUGCCAGGCCCCAGCCUCUCUCCUCUCAUGCUGUCUGCCCAGAGAGAGAGAUGGGAAUACCAAUCCCCUGCAGCAGCCACACCUCUGGGGAGUGAGAGAUGCUCUUGUAUCCUGGUCCUCUGGGACCACCAUGCCUGGCACACUCUGCCUCACAGACCUGCUGUUUUAGGGGAAGAACGGCUUUGAGAUGCAGCCAAAGAGUAAUUUGAAUGCUUAAUGCCCUCUGUCUCUCUUAUGAAUAAUUUGAAUGCUUAAUGUCCUCUCUCUCUAUUUUCUCUCCUGCUGUGAGAGAGGGAUGCCCCGACGGGUCUGAAGAGGAUCAAAGUGCAUUCUGAUUUACACACUCAAGAUCUGUUUGAAGUGGGAUUUCAGCAUAAUUAUCUUCUUAACAACUAAUUAUUUGCUGGUUCAGUAGAAUGGAAUCAAUGAACCAUGUUGCCAGGGCCGGGUAUAGCUGGAGCUGGCUGGACUGGUAAAUGUCAGAACGAAUUGGAAAUGCACCAAAAUGAUUCCUUGGUGCCAUGAUGACACAUUCUCCAGAGCUGUCAUGUGAUGCCUCCGUGUUCACUGAGUCGUUUAAUCGGCUUUAAAGUAAGAUGACUUUGUUGUAGUGGAGCUCUAGCAUUAAAAGCAGUAGUGGUAGGUGCAUCCCAAAUGGCACCCUAUUCCCUUUAUAGUACACUAUUUUUGACCAGGGCCCAUAGGGCAUUUGGGACUCAUCUGUAGACCCAGGGUGUUUGCCUCUUCACUAUGAAUAGUGCUAGUCUGUCUGUGUGGAUGGCUGAAAAUGCAAUAAUAUUCAAGAAUUCCUGUCACAUUCUUCACAUUCAUCACUCGUGUGUCACUAAUAAUGUUUCAUAUUCAUACACAAUCUCACAACAGCUUGCUACUGACACUAUGGCCAUAGAUGAACUUCUGCUCUGAUUGGCUGUGAGUGAGGAAAUCACUUCCUGUUUGGCACUUCCUGCCCUGGAUGGUCCUGGGUUUUCAGGCAGAGGACAUGUUUGAUUGAAUAUCACUACAUUGACGGCCUCACAUCUCAUGUUUGAUUAGUAAAUCCUACACACUGGCUCUCUCACAGAGCCUCAGCUCUGGCCCACUCCACAACCUCCCCCUCCGCUCUCGUCUUUCUUCAGUGCACGCUCUCUCUCUUCACAUAUCUGUCACUCUCUUGUCUGACUGGCUAUUGUGCACCUCCAUUUGUAGUUCACUGCUCUGUGCUCUCUAUCUCUUCAUGUCUGCCAGUAUCCUGUCAGACUACUUCAGUCUUACUCCCUGCUAUCUCCCCAUGCUGUCAGCCUGCUGUACACCUUUGGGCUGCCCGCCCAACGCAGCCUUCAGCCUUGCCCUCCUCUCCUCACCACUCAAACUUACUGCCCUCUUUCCUGUCAGUCGGUCUUACUCUCUCCUGGCUGUCUUCAGUCUAGCCUUCCUGUCCUCUCUUUCCAGGCUCCGUCACACAGGCUUGGCCCACAAUGAGAGCUGACGGAAUGGGGUCAGGGGAUCGCCUUGGCAACCAAUCAGCCUGGAAAUGGAUGCUCUCUUUUCAGGUCAAGUGUCACAAAGGGCCACGGCUGUGUCUGUGUGCCGAAUGCUAAGUAGAAAUACACCCAAAUUAGCACCACUUGGCUACAAUGUUUCAGACUGCAUGUUACUGCAAACAUUCAAAAUAAGUGAAUAUGUAACAUACCAUGAGGUCUGUGUUUUAGACCAUCUUAAGACUUUGGUCAUAGAAGAUUCAGCCUAUUAUCAAGGUCUUUGAACUUGAACAAUGUCCUUAGGCGUGCAUUUUCCAAGAAACUGCUGCUGACACUGAUGUUGCUAAUGCCAGGAACGUUUCAGUGAUUCCAAUGCUUUUCCUGUAUAAACCCUUUGACUCCUGUAGAGUAAGAGGUAAGCCACAUCAUAUACAGUGAGGGAAAAAAGUAUUUGAUCCCCUGCUGAUUUUGUACGUUUGCCCACUGACAAAGAAAUGAUCAGUCUAUAAUUUUAAUGGUAGGUUUAUUUGAACAGUGAGAGACAGAAUAACAACAAAAAAAUUGAGAAAAACGCAUGUCAAAAAUGUUAUAAACUGAUUUGCAUUUUAAUUAGGGAAAUAAUUAUUUGACCCCUUCUCAAUCAGAAAGAUUUCUGGCUCCUAGGUGUCUUUUAUACAGGUAACGAGCUGAGAUUAGGAGCACACUCUUAAAGGGAGUGCUCCUAAUCUCAGUUUGUUAACUGUAUAAAAGACACCUGUCCACAGAAGCAAUCAAUCAAUCAGAUUUCAAACUCUCCACCAUGGCCAAGACCAAAGAGCUCUCCAAGGAUGUCAGGGACAAGAUUGUAGACCUACACAAGGCUGGAAUGGGCUACAAGACCAUCACCAAGCAGCUUGGUGAGAAGGUGACAACAGUUGGUGCGAUUAUUCGGAAAUGGAAGAAACACAAAAUAACUGUCAAUCUCCCUCGGCCUGGGGCUCCAUGCAAGAUCUCACCUUGUGGAGUUGCAAUGAUCAUGAGAACAGUGAGGAAUCAGCUCAGAACUGCACGGGAGGAUAUUGUCAAUGAUCUCAAGGCAGCUGGGACCAUAGUCACCAAGAAAACAAUUGGUAACACACUACGCCGUAAAAGCCUGAAAUCCUGCAUCGCACGCAAGGUCCCCCUGCUCAAGAAAGCACAUAUACAGGCCAGUCUGAAGUUUGCCAAUGAACAUCUGAAUGAUUCAGAGGAGAACUGGGUGAAAGUGUUGUGGUCAGAUGAGACCAAAAUCGAGCUCUUUGCAAUCAACUCAACUCGCCGUGUUUGGAGGAGGAGGAAUGCUGCCUAUGACCCCAAGAAUACCAUCCCCACCGUCAAACAUGGAGGUGGAAACAUUAUGCUUUGGGGGUGUUUUUCUGCUAAGGGGACAGGACAACUUCACCGCAUCAAAGGGACGAUGGACGGGGCCAUGUACCGUCAAAUCUUGGAAGAGAACCUCCUUCCCUCAGCCAGGGCAUUGAAAAUGGGUCGUGGAUGGAUAUUCCAGCAUGACAAUGACCCAAAACACACGGCCAAGGCAACAAAGGAGUGGCUCAAGAAGAAGCACAUUAAGGUCCUGGAGUGGCCUAGCCAGUCUCCAGACCUUAAUCCCAUAGAAAAUCUGUGGAGGGAGCUGAAGGUUCGAGUUGCCAAACGUCAGGCUCGAAACCUUAAUGACUUGGAGAAGAUCUGCAAAGAGGAGUGGGACAAAAUCCCUCCUGAGAUGUGUGCAAACCUGGUGGCCAACUACAAGAAACGUCUGACCUCUGUGAUUGCCAACAAGGGUUUUGCCACCAAGUACUAAGUCAUGUUUUGCAGAGGGGUCAAAUACUUAUUUCCCUCAUUAAAAUGCAAAUCAAUUUGUAACAUUUUUGACAUGCGUUUUUCUGGAUUUUGUUGUUGUUAUUCUGUCUCUCACUGUUCAAAUAAACCUACCAUUAAAAUGAUAGACUGAUCAUGUCUUUGUCAGUGGGCAAACGUACAAAAUCAGCAGGGGAUCAAAUACUUUUUUCCCUCACUGUACUAGAACUGUAGGACACAACCUAAUUGGAUUUGAGGUGGACUAUUUUAGACAGAGGGCAAUUCCACGGUAACGGAAUUGCGCUGAGAUUUAGAUUUUUCACUCAAUUAACGCAAAACAAAAACCAUUGAUUUAAAAGUUUAACAAACCAUAGAACUCUAUGCACAAUGACUACUUUUAACAAUUUAUACUGACAAUUUUAUAAAAACACAUUUACUGGAAGAACUGUGCAGAUGCAUAGUUUGGUAACAAAAUUUUGGUAAAAUCUUCCUCAUUUUUUUUUAAUGUGUCCACGUUUUCCAAAAAUUCUGUUAAAUAUCUGCUCCGAAUUAAGAUUCAACGAUGUUUGCAGAAAUAUAAUGGGUUGUCGGCUAUGACAUGACACAUUGACUUUGAAAAAAAUCGCUUUUGGUUAUUAAACUACAGAAGGUGAAGUGGGUUUACAACGGGUAACAUAAUUGCGGUAACGGAAUUUCAUCAUGGGUCCCUGAUCCUUACUGCACAGAAAUACAUAAUUAUGGAUAUGAAAGUCAUUCUCUUCAUGGUGAUGUAUCCUGAAUAGGUACACAAAGGCACACAUUUGCAUAUUUGGGUAUUAUUCUACACACUGGCUAUUAUUGUAAUGAGCUCUGCCCCCAAACAAGAUCACAUUUGGUUGGUUUGGACUGGACCAAAUCUGAACCAAUCAUAGACGUUUAUGUUUUACAAGUUUGGACAUCAAAGUACAGCACAGUAGAGCUCAGUAGAGUACAGCACAGAACAUUAGAGUAUAGUACAGUACAUUACAGUACAGUACAGUAUAGUUCAGUACAGGACAGUAUAGUUUAGUACAGGACAGUAUAGUUCAGUACAGGACAGUAUAGUUCAGGACAGGACAGUAUAGUUCAGUACAGGACAGGAUAGUUUAGUACCUUACUCUAGUGUGCUGUACUCUACUGUACUGAACUAUACUUUUCUUUACUGUGCUGUCCUGUGCUGUCCUGUACUGUGCUGUCCUGUGCUGUGCUGUACUGUACUGUGCUGUACUGUACUGUGCUGUCCUGUACUGUGCUGUCCUGUGCUGUCCUGUACUGUGCUGUCCUGUGCUGUCCUGUACUGUGCUGUCCUGUACUGUGCUGUACUGUACUGUACUGUGCUGUACUGUGCUGUGCUGUGCUGUCCAAACUUGUGAACCCAACUUUGUUUCGUGACUACUGUGAUUUCCCAUUGUAGCCAAUACAAUUACCGAAAUUCCAUUACUGAGUUUUAAACACUUAAUAAUUCAUAAACAAAAUUGAUAUCAGUAAAAACACUAUAGGUAAUUGAUAGGUCGACCUUUACUUGUUACUUCUGGGAACUUUCAUUAUCUUCCCUCCACAUGAGGGAUAAAAAUGUGAAAAUACAGUAUCUUAAAGAGACAGUGCAUUCGGAAAGUAUUCAGACCCCUUGACUUUUUCCACAUUUUGUUACAUUACAGCCUUGUUCUAAAAUUUAUAAAAUAAAACAAAUGUCCUCAUCAAUCUACACACAAUACCCCAUAAAGACAAAGCGAAAACAGGUUUUUAGAAAUGUUAGCUAAUUUAUAAAAUCUUAAAAACAGAAAUAACUUAUUAACAUAAGUAUUCAGACCCUUUGCUAUGAGACUCGAAAUUGAGCUCAGGUGCAUGUGUUUCCAUUGAUCAUCCUUGAGAUGUUUCUACAACUUGAUUGGAGUCCACCUGUUGUUAAUUCAAUUGAUUGGACAUGAUUUGGAAUGUGCCGAGGCACAGAUUUGGGGAAGGGUACCAAAACAUUUCUGCAGCAUUGAACACACUGGCCUCCAUCAUUCUUAAAUGGAAGAAGUUUGGAACCACCAAGACUCUUCCUAGAGCUGGCCGCCUGGCCAAACUGAGCAAUCGGGGGAGAAGGGCCUUGGUCAGGGAGGUGAACAAGAACACGAUGGUCACUCUGACAUGGCUCCAGAGUUCCUCUGUGGAGAUGGGAGAAUCUUCCAGAAGGACAACCAUCUCUGCAGCACUCCACCAAUCAGGCAUUUAUGGUAGCGUGGCCAGCCUGCUUGGAGUUUGCCAAAAGGCACCUAAAGACUCUCAGACCAUGAGAGACAAGAUGUUCUGGUCUGAUGAAACCAAGAUUGAACUCUUUGGCCUGAAUGCUAAGCGUCAUGUCUGGAGGAAACCUGGCACCACCCCUACGGUGAAGCAUGGUGGUGGCAGCAUCAUGCUGUGGGGAUGUUUUUCAGCGGCAGGUACUGGGAGACUAGUCAGGAUAGAGGGAAAGAUGAACGGAGCAAAGUACAGAGAGAUCCUUGAUGAAAACUUGCUCCAGAGUGCUCAGGACCUCAGACUGGGGCGAAGGUUCACCUUCCAACAGGACAACGACCCUAAGCACACAGCCAAGACAACGCAGGAGUGGCUUCGGGACAAGUCUCUGAAUGUCCUUGAGUGGCCCAGCCAGAGCCCGGACUUGACCCGAUCAAACAGAGACCUGAAAAUAGCUGUGCAGUGACACUCCCCAUUCAACCUGACAGAGCUGGAGAAGAUCUGCAGAGAAGAAUGGGAGAAACUCCCCAAAUACAGGUGUGCAAAGCUUGUAGCGUCAUACCCAAGAAGACUUAAGGCUCUAAUCACUGCCAAAGGUGCUUCAACAAAGUACUGAGUAAAGGGUCUGAAUAUUUAUGUAAAUGUGAUAUUUCAGUUGUAGUUUCUACAAACCUGUUUUUGCUUUGUCAUUAUGGGGUAUUGUGUGUAGAUUGAUGAGGGGGAAAAAACAAUUUAAUCAAUUUUAGAAUAAGGCUGUAACUUAACAAAAUGUGGAAAAAGGCAAGGGGUCUGAAUACUUUCCGAAUGCACUGUAUGUCGGUUUUUGGUAAUGGAAUUUCAACGCACAAGGCAAUGUUUCUUAAACGUACAAAAAAAAAUUCUCCAAAACUGUGUUGAUAUUCGAAUUCCUGAGCGACUAGGUGAAAAAUCUGUUGAUGUGUCCUUGAACUUAAUUGCUCCUGUAAGUCGCUCUGGAUAAGAGCGUCUGCUAAAUGACAGGUUGGCAGGGGUCUUUAAUUCAAAUAUACACUCGUUUAUGUUUUCUAAGACCCGUUUUCCAUCUGUUUGACCAGACAUCAAAGCCUCUGCUUAUUCAACAUUUUUAGGAUAUAAAAUAGUUGAAAAAUGUAUAUAUGCCGUGCUGCCUUAAUUAAAAAAAAUAAUAGACUCUUAGCUUUCAUUUGACAUGCUCCUAUGAACUUCAUGUUGGUGCUCAUGGGUCCUUUUACAUGGAAAUGACCCAAAAUAAACUUGACUGUUUGUAUCCAAGGAGGCAGAGAUAUCUUGCUAAGUCUCUGCGGUGACCUCCAUGUAAGUGACCUCACUGCUAUGAACUGCUCCAUGUGUGUGAGAUAGAAGGAGUGUCUCGGAGGUCUUUGUACACAUCUAGCGCUGCUGUUCCUGUUGUAUGCGUCAACAGCAAACUGAGAGGCCCUCCUGUACUCACUCCAAUUUUCUAGCUGUGUAUGAAUACCCUUGAAACCAGCACAAGGUGAUCCCUGGGUUGUUGAAUGACGGUUGAAAACCUGUUGGGACUGUUUUCUUUUAGUCUCUAGUUUUGCACAGAUAAAUGUACACUUUUGUUUUUGCCUCCCAGAAUGAAUUAGGCCUAAUGUUUAUGUCUGUUAGUAAGUGGCUGAAACCAAUGUCAAGUUUGUGGUAGCUGGGGAGGUCGGCUAGUUGGAAAUGGCACUGGUCCUAAUCUGGUUAGUGAAAUACAGCAACUCAAGAGAGAAGGGAGGAGGACAGAGCCUCAUAGGGCUCUGUCCCCCUCCCUUCUCUCUCUCUCUUCUCUCUCUCUCCCCUCCCCUCCUUUCUCUCUCUCUCUUCAAUUUAAAUGCAUCUCUCUUACGCUCUCUCUGUUUCUGCUCUCCUGUCUCUCUCUGCCCCCUCCCCAACUUUCUAUUCUCUUCCUUCUCUCUCUCUCUCUCUUCUCUUCUCUCUUCGCCUUCUCGCUCUCGCUCUCGCUCUUUUCUCUUCUUCCUCUCCUGUCUUUUCUCUCUCUCUCUCGCUCGCUCGCUCGCUCUCUCUCUCUCUCUCUCUCUCUCUCUUUCUCUUUCUCUCUCUCUCUCUCUCUCCCUCCCCUCCCCUCCCCCUCUCUCUUUCUCUCACUCUACUGUCCUGGAGCAGAACAAGCUUUAAAUUAUUGCUGCUGCACCACAUGAAACGUCAUGAUCGCACAUAGGAAAUGGUUUCCACUUCUGUGGAUCUCAUGUUGAAUGUUAAUGUGCUGCUUGCUGCACUACUGUUUUUGUGGGAGUUGUUGGAUGAUUUCGUUCCUUUUAGUGGAGAAAACCUCCCUGGUUUCUCUACUUGCUGUGUCAGCAUCAGGCGUGGCAGAGCCAAAAACCCUGGAGAAAGAAUUCCGGCAGCUAAAAAAAUAAAAAAUUGUUGUGUUCUUCAUGGUAGCCCUUUUUGUGCCUGUUGCUAGGAGACGGUAAGAGCUAUGUGGCUGAACAUUGAGCCUGGUUUGGACAAGAGAAAAGACACGGAACAGAGGAAAGAAAGAAAGAAAGAAAGAAAGAAAGAAAGAAAGAAAGCAGUGGAAAGAGGAGAAACCUCUGGGGCUUACAGAUAUACAGUUCUUCUAUGUUCCUUGUGUUCUGCUUCUACCACUCUGAACUGUUUACUUUAGUUCCCAAUAGCUGCCUUACAUUCUCACUGUUUCUCCCUAAUUCUCUGGGUGUUCUAGCAGGCCCUUUGUGGUCCUACUGGUCCUUUGUUUUCUUGGUUUGAGUUAGCCAUUGUUAAAACUCUGUUUGGUUCCAAGGAACAUUCUGUUUCUGAUGAGGCUUCAGUUUUCAGGGGGAAACAGCAGCCGCUAAAAUGGCUAACACAGUCCUUUUCUCUUUAGUUCUGUCCUGACUGACUGUCAUUACUCCCUGGGAUUCUCUGUUUCUGUUUGUCAGUCAUUAAAGCACUGGAAGAGCGUAGCAGUGAGAGGGGUGUGUGUGUGUUUCCCUCUGCCAGUCUUUUCUAUGUUGCUUCGCUGAUGAUAGUAAUGAGGCAAGCAGGGUGUGACCCAAUCUUCCCAUGCCCCUCUUUCAUCAGUCAUCGAACUUUAAAUACACAUACAUGUCUAUAGUCUCCAUGCUGACACAUGCAGAUGUGAUGAAAGCCAGCUGUUCAGAGAGACAAACAAAGGAUGUGUUUCCAGUGUGUGUGUGUGUGUGUGUGUGUUCAAGGGUCCUCUUUUUGUCCACCGCAGCACUGUCAGAGGCUGCCCCGUUUGCUAUUGUAACUAAUCAAACGCGUAGGUCACAUUUGAUUAGUUAAACACAGUUUCUGCAUGUGUUUGUGGGAACGUAGUGUUCUAUCUGCCUGUGUGUGUGUGUGUCCUGGCUUCAAGUCAAGUUCUGCCCUGUCUUGACCUUCUUCAAGUGGAUGCCACACACUGUGUAACAAUGAUUGAGUUUUCAAUCAUUGUCAUUGUGACAUAAACUACAUGACCAAAAGUAUGUGGACACCUGCACGUCGAACAUUUCAUUCCAAAAUCAUGGGCAUUAAUAUGGAGUUGGUUCGCCCUUUGCUGCUAUAACAGCCUCCACUCUUCUGGGAAGGCUUUCCAUUAGAUGUUGGAACAUUGCUGAGGGGACUUGCUUCCAUUCAGCCACGAGCAUUAGUGAGGUCGUGUACUGAUGUUGGCCGAUUAGGCCUGGCUCGCAGUCGGCGUUCCAAUUCAUCCUAAAGGUGUUCGAUGGGGUUGAGGUCAAGGGCUCUGUGCAGGCCAGUCAGGUUCUUCCUCAUCGAUCUCGACAAACCAUUUCUGUAUGGACCUCUUUUUGUGCACGGGGGGCAUUGUCAUUCUGAAACAGGAAAGGGCCUUCCACAAACUGUUGCCACAAAGUUUGAAGCACAGAAUUGUCUAGAAUGUCAUUGUAUGCUGUAGCAUUAAGAUUUCCCUUCACUGGAACUAAGGGGCCUAGCCCGAACCAUGAAAAACCUCCUCCGCCAAACGUUACAGUUGGUACUAUGGAUUCGGGCAGGUAGCGUUCUCCUGGCAUCCGCCAAACCCAGAUUUGUCCGUCGGACUGCCAGAUGGUGAAGCGUGAUUCAUCACUCCAGAGAACGCGUUUCCACUGCUCCAGAGUCCAAUGGCGGCGAGCUUAACACCACUCCAGCCGACGCUUGGCAUUGCGCAUGGUGAUCUUAGGGUUGUGUGAUGCUGCUCGGCCAUGGAAACCCAUUUCAUGAAGCUCCUGACGAACAGUUCUUGUGCUGAAGUUGCUUCCAGAGGCAGUUUGGAACUCAGUAGUGAGUGUUGCAACCGAGCUUCAGCACUCGGUGAUCCCGUUGUGUGAGUUUGUGUGGCCUACCACUUCGCGGCUGAGCCGUUGUUGUUCCUAGAGUUUCAACUUCAUAAUAACAGCACUUACAGUUGACCGGGGCAGUUCUAGCAGAGCAGAAAUUUGACGAACUGACUUGUUGGAAAGGUGGCAUCCUAUGACGGUGCCACGUUGAAAGUCACUGAGCUCUUCAGUAAGACCAUUCUACUACCAAUGUUUGUCUAUGGAGAUUGCAAGGCUGUGUGCUCGAUUUUAUACACAUGUCAAAAUAGUUGAAUCCACUAAUUUGAUUAAUUCAUUCCGUAUGUCAGAACCUUGGUCCAUCUGUACUAUAGGUCUCCGACUUUCCUCCAUCUGUACCUCAGCUCUCUGACUAGCCUUUCCUCCAUCUGUACCUCAGCUCUCUGACUAGCCUUUCCUCCAUCUGUACCUCAGUUCUCUGACUAGCCUUUCCUCCAUCUGUACCUCAGCUCUCUGACUAGCCUUUCCUCCAUCGGUACCUCAGCUCUCUGACUAGCCUUUCCUCCAUCUGUACCUCAGUUCUCUGACUAGCCUUUCCUCCAUCUGUACCUCAGCUCUCUGACUAGCCUUUCCUCCAUCGGUACCUCAGCUCUCUGACUAGCCUUUCCUCCAUCUGUACCUCAGUUCUCUGACUAGCCUUUCCUCCAUCUGUACCUCAGCUCUCUGACUAGCCUUUCCUCCAUCUGUACCUCAGGUCUCUGACUAGCCUUUCCUCCGUCUGUACCUCAGGUCUCUGACUAGCCUUUCCUUCUUGUUAAAAUUUUUCUGUCAGCUGUAGUUCUCUCUCUCUCUCUCUCUUUCUCUUUCUCUCUCUUCCUCCCUCACUCUCUCUCUCUCUCUCUGCCUGGCCUCAGGGAGUGCACCUCAGGUCUAUGUCUCACACUGCAGUCAAACCACCAGCAGAGAUAUUUACACAAGUGGGAGUAAUUAGCAUGUGAUUGAGAGGUAUGUGGAAAUCACGCGUGUGGAUCUGGGCCUGUGUGUGUGUGUGUGUGUAGCGUGUUUGUGUGUCAGUGAGUGUGUAGCGUGUUCCUGGGCCUGAGCACGGGCUAGCCCACACCAAGCCGACAGCUACAGGCUAGUCCACACCAAGCCCAGCUAGAGGCUAGUCCACACCAAGCCCAGCUAGAGGCAGGGGGGGCUCUCUGCUCUUUCUCUGCUCUCUGAUUGGGCAAGGAUGUAGGGUGAAACCACUGUACUCCCCUCAGUACUUGGGAGCUGCUAGUAGUGGGGAGGAGAGGGAAGAGGGGAAAGGGUGUUAAGCUCACUGUUGAGCUUGAAAAGUGCUGCACUGCACAUAGACCCUGGCUGGUGAUGAUGGGAAAUAUGACUCUUCCAUUCCUUCUACUUCCACUUUCCCUCAAGCCUGGAGCAGGUUGCGAAGCAACACCACACAGUAACAAUGUGUGGAGGUUUUGUAUACCCACUACCCUCUCACCAAGGGCACAGGGAGAGCAUGGGAACCUGGGUGUGAUUGGUACAUGGCAGAAGAGGUGAUGCUGUAUUUAGAAGUCAUUUAGCACAAUAUCGCUUCAUAUCUUAUUUGUUGUGUUUUUUUAAUAAAUGUUUAUCUUUUAUUUUGAUUAGUUAUGCUAUUUUGAUAUUGAUUACUGCACUGUUGGGUAGGGCUGGGAAUUGCCAGGGACCUCACGAUACGAUAUUAUCACGAUAUUUAGGUGCCAAUGCGAUAUGUAUUGCAAUUCGAUGUUCCAAACACAUUGCUGCUGCAGAGGGACAACAGAGCCAUGAGAAAACAAGUUUUGGCCAGUCAUGGAAAUAAAAAUGCUGAAAGAAGAUUUAAAAAGAAGAUGGAGAACAAGCUAUGGAAUGUUGGUGCAGGUACAGUAAACUACCACAAAAAUAAUAUUGCGAUAUUAUCAAAACGAUACACUCUUAAAAAUUAGGGGUUCAACAAGGAUUCUUCUAAGAUCGUCAAAGUUCUUCGAAGAACCUUAGGGUUAUUGGCACUGGAAAUUGCCCCCAAAAGGUUAUUCCAUGAACCCCAUAGGAGGUGGGGUUCAUCGAGGAACCUCCUUAGUUGGUGGGGGUUCUUGCAGGAACCUAACUGCCUAACUGAAACAUUUGGAUUUGAAAGGAGAGCAGGUGCAGGCACUUAACUGAAACAUUUAAAUAUCUCCUCAAUUUAAGGUAAGGUUUGUCCCUUGUAUGAUAUCAAUUGAUAUUGUUUUAUGAUGAUACCAUCUAUCUUUUUAUAUUUGUGCAAAUCUUCCUAAAAACAGAAAAUGGACAAAAUUCAAUGGAUAUCAAUCAACAAAGAGGUAAGAAUAUGUAGGCUAUAAGAAUAUGUUGAAGGCUAGCUGUAUUGGGUGCAGAUGACUGAACUUCUCACUUUUGUGUCUGUCUGCAGGUAUACAGACGAGGAGGCAUACAAAGGUAUGUCCAUUGGCAUUGGUAUGUUAUGCUGAUCACAUUUACCAUCCUUCCUUACCUCUUCAAUGAAUAUCCCAUAGGCCUCUACAUUAAGGACAAGGUAUGUGUAUGAAAACAAUUAUCAAAACAGUUUUUUUCAUUCACAUUCACCACAAAAACGAGGUAUGAAUACUGUCGUGUGCAUAUUUUGUUAAUCAUCUGUAUAAUUACUAUUUUUUUCAUUCACAGACUUCACCCUCCCUACACCUCUGAAUAUAACAGGAAACCUGUUUGAUCACCAUGCACUGCAAAAUAAUUCUGGCUAUGUAUACGGAGAACAUCAACACAUUAACAUCAACAUGCCAGAGGAUAUACUUGUUGGACUUGGGGUUCUGCUGGGAGUUUACCUCAUAUUUGGAUUUUGUAAUUCUGCUUUGCCACUAAAAUCAUAAUAAACACUGACAACUAAAAUAUUGUGUUAUUGUUGUUAUUGUUAUGCAUAUUAUUAAUACAAAUCAUAAUAAGGGAGGUAGUUCAACAAUGAACCACAAAAGGUUCUUCAAAAGGUUAUUAGAGGAUCCAUUAAAAUGAGUUUUUUGAAGAACCAUUUUAAAGGGUUCUUUGAAGAACUUUAAGGGGAUCCCCCACAGUUUCAAUUUGAAGGACCCCUAAACGAUACUCCAGGAACCUUUUCGUAUAUCGUAAAAAAUAAUAUCCUGAUAUGUAACUGUAUCUAUUUUUUUCCCCCAUCACUACUGUUGGGUAGAGCAUGAAAGUUAAGCAUUUCACUGUACUUGUAUAUGUGACAAUAAAACUUGAACUUGAUAGUUUUGCUUCAGGAAAUCAGGUACUAGAGAGAGAGGGAGCGAAUGCAGAAAGUAGCUCUCACAGAAUGGGCAUCUGGAUUAGAUUUCAGUAUUAGAAAUCACCCCGGAUACAUUAGCUGAGAGCCUCAUGUUAACCCUGAUUAUCUGGAGGUAUUAACAUGACUCAUAAUACGUCUAGAUGGAAUACAGUGCUCAUGAUGAGUGUGGAUCAGUUGGUAGAGCAUGGCACUUGCAACACCAGGGUUGUGAGUUCAAUUCCCACGGGGGACCAGUAGAAAAUGUAUUGCAUUCACUACUGUAAGUCACUCUGAAUAAGAGUGUCUGCUGAAUGACUAAACUGUAAAUAUUACAGCAAGAGAAAUGCACUAGGGUUGGGACUGGGGAUAUAUGAUGUUGUUUUCUUUCAAUGACACAGUUUGACCUCAGUCAUCCUGUGGUAAUUUAGGGGAUGUCCCUGUGCAUCGCUUCUGGGGUAAGGAAAAGGUCAUAAGCCCACAAAAUGGGAGAAUCUCCAUUGCAUACUCCUCUCUCCUCGCCUCCUUCUCAAAACCCAUUGGAGAAAAAGGGGAGGGGAGGGACCUCUGGAAGGAGGCAAGGAGAGAGGACGCAAGGAGUAUGCAAUGGAGAUUCUCCUAGUGAGAGCAGAGGCCCAGCAUUGACUUGACUUUGUAAUUCAUGUAACCAGCCUGCUCUGAGAGUGAGUCUGUGUGUGUGUGUGUGUGUGUGUGUGCUGGCAUGGUCUGUGACUGAUAGAGCUGACGGAACAGAACGAUGACCCCUGACCCCUAGCUUUCCUGUUGACACGGGGCCACCUGGCACCUCCCGGAAGUGGAAUACAUUCAUUUCCACUCCUCUUACCUCACAUUUGUCUCUGAGAACAGCUGAGAGACCUCAGUUUCCUCCCUGGGCGACGUUACAGGAACACGUGUUGUCUGUCUCCAGAUCAGUGCCUAGCCUCAUUCUGACAAACGGAUGGAAAUGAAAGGACUCAAAUACAACAUGAUUGUACUUGUAGACACAAGUUUUCUUUAGUUAACGGGACGCUAAGGCCGUUGCCAUGGAGAUUGAGGGGAGGAGCAAAGUUCUGCCCUGGGGCUGCAUCUCAAGGGUCAUCUGCUCUCUCUCUCUCUCGCUCUCUCUCUCUCUAAUUGGCCACAGUGGAAUUGGCCCGUGUUGAUUUUGGUUGAAAUUCACAGCGCUUCAAUUUCUGCUCACUGGGUUUGAAGUCAGCAAGAUAAGAGUAGAGACUGCGUGCUGGAGAUAUUCAUGUUUAGUAAUACAUUUGAAGUCUAGAGGUGAUUGGUGAUGAUACUCAUUAUGUUUGAUGGAAGGCCUAAAGAUAGGGGGGGGGGGGGUUAGAAACAACACAUGAGUAAUUUUGGUUAAUGUUGUUCUGCUAUCUGAGUGACAGCUAAGGGACACACUGCAAGGAUAAUUUUCAGGAAAUUCCAUAUCUCAUUUGAUAAUAAUCUAUGCCUUGAUACGUCUCAGAGUGUCCUAAAAUGUCUCAGUGCUGAUAAUAUUCCUCAUAUUAGCCUCUCUGUGUGGUUUUAUCUUUCUGGUUCACACAACUGCACAUAGCCAAGCCCUAACUGAAGUGACUGUAGUCACAUAGCCAAGCCCUAACUGAAGUGACUGUAGUCACAUAGCCAAGCCCUAACUGAAGUGACUGUAGUCACAUAGCCAAGCCCUAACUGAAGUGACUGUAGUCACAUAGCCAAGCCCUAACUGAAGUGACUGUAGUCACAUAGCCAAGCCCUAACUGAAGUGACUGUAGUCACAUAGCCAAGCCCUAACUGACGUGACUGUACUUUGUAGUCCUCUGUAGCUCAGCUGGUAGAGCACGGCGCUUGUAACGCCAAGAUAGUGGGUUCGAUCCCCGGGACCACCCAUACACAAAAAAUGUAUGCACGCAUGACUGUAAGUCGCUUUGGAUAAAAGUGUCUGCUAAAUGGCAUAUUAUUAUUAUUAUACUUUAGCCACCCUUGCUUCCACCUAAAACUGUAAUCAUCGGUUUCCUCAGCUGCCUGGGUCAAGUCAGGAGUUGAGACACAUCCGAUGCUGUGUUGCUGCUGAAAUAUGCCUUUGUUUUCCUAAAUGAAUAGUGUUUCUAUUCAAAUCCAUGUGUAACAAAGAGCUGCAUAGGACUCUGGCUGCUUGUGGAUAUCCUGUUGAUAUGGUUACAGGGCCCGGCCUUAAAGUGGAGUCACAUAGUCAGGGACACACACAGACACACACAUACUCACAGACAGCACUGAAGUAGUUUCACUAGUAUUGCCCCAGAGGAGACAGCACUGUAGUAGUUUCACUAGUAUUGCCCCAGCACACGGUGCACAAAGGGAAUCUUUGUUGAUACAGAGUUAGGCCAGCAGCAGGGAGUGUGUGUGUGCGUGUGCGUGCGUGUGUGCGUGUGCGUGCGUGUGUGUGUUUGUGUGUGUGCGUGCGUUCAUGCAUGUCUGUGGUAUGUCAUGCAUCUGCAUCACAAAAGCAGUGCUCAUUGAGGGUGCACUAUCGGGAGAUUAGGGCUACUGUGUGGUGAACUGUGGCCUAGUGAUGGGGACGUCAUUAACAAACCACAGCCGUAUCUCAGACACACACACACACACACACACACACACACACACACACACACACACACACACACACGUCUAGCCAGUAGUUGGCACUACCAGACACUUAACCACUCCAGUCUAAAACACACACAGCCUAAAGAUCUGUGGAAAGAUUCGGCCAUGUUUCUCCCACACACUGCAGCUCCCACUCCAUCCUACUGCUAACGGACUUUCACUGACACGGUCAAUGUGUACUGCUACUGCCGUAUGUCAUGUUUAAAUUGCUCUGUUGCUUCCGGGUGCAGGCACUCUGGCGGAUUCCCGUUCUUUCCCUCAUUGCCGGUCUGUGUCUCUCUUCAGGGGCCCUGUGGGAUUGUGUUCCAGGGGCUAGAGAGCAGGACUGUGCUGUACCAUUGUGUGGUGGGCUGGAGAUCAGGAAGCAGAGGAUAGAGGAGGAGAAGAAUGGGGGGGGAUUCUGUCGCUGAAGUGGGGAUAGAAGGCUGGAGAGGCAGGAGUCAUCCCUGGCCGCUAUCCUUCCUCCUCUGGCGUCACAGAACAUCCAGUGACAAAACAGCAAUGGCAGCGGUUAGCUUAGUGUUUACUAUCAAAGCCAAAGACUCAUUUUCAACCGCCGCUUUACCCAGUGAGGGACGUGCUGGAGAGAUGUGUGGAAAACCUCACAGAAGAGGAGAUGAGAAGGAGACAUGACAUGACAGGCCUGCUGUCUGAAGUAUCUGCAGUGGAAAAGUCUGGCUUUUAGCUCCCAACUAGCUCCCAUCUGCACCGUACUGCCUGCCGUGUGGUGUGUGUGAGGGGGUGUUUGGCUCACCUAGACUCUACAGCACUGUUGGCCACCUGUCACUCACCUAAUCCUUCUCCAACAGUCUUCAACAUUGCCCUUACAGAGAAACAACAUGGCCGAACCUCUAAUGCCUAAUUUGAGUCAUUUCAGAAGACGUGAAACGUGACGAGGACCUGGUGUUGGAUCAGGUGACCAGUCUGACCACAGAGAUCUCGAUGUACAGCUGAGGUUCCCUAUCUAUGGCCAAAGUGUGUUCAUACUGUGGUUGCUUCGAUGCCAGCAACACAUUGUGACUCACUUUUACGAGAGCGAACUCUGAACCCAUUGGCGUUUUAUAGCCAGCUCUGAGGGCUCACUCCUGAGGCGAGAGCUUCCUUGAUAUGCUGAGGCAUCCAGUAUUUAUGAAAAAGUACAAGGUUACGGGGCCUGUGUAAAAAAUAAAAUAGGACUGGCAAGCAACUGCAAAUCUUUCCGCACAUAGGGCCGCAUGAAGGGCUCAUGCUAUUUACACAAGCAUGGUCAAUUUCUCUCUCUCCAUCCCUCUCUCUCUGUGAGAAUGGUUGACACACAACCUGUGCAAAGGACAGCGAAAUCGCUAAGGAAGGAACCUUUAACACCUCAUGCAUUUUUUUAAAGACACCCAUAUGCCUCCCUCUUUUUGUUAACGUGACUUGCCCUCUCUCUGUCCUCCUUCAGAUCUGUCCACGGCCAAGAGGAAGUUUGCAGAGUCUCUCAACGAGUUUAAGUUCCAGUGCAUAGGAGACGCAGAAACGGACGACGAGAUAUGUAUUGGUGAGCUCGCCCUGAGAAACUUGUAGUUACACACUCAGCACCAGCAUAAGCUGGUCACCAGUGUCUAAAACAUAGCGAAGGCUGGUCACCAGUGUCUAAAACAUAGCGAAGGCUGGUCACCAGUGUCUAAAACAUAGCGAAGGCUGGUCACCAGUGUCUAAAACAUAGCGAAGGCUGGUCACCAGUGUCUAAAACAUAGCGAAGGCUGGUCACCAGUGUCUAAAACAUAGCGAAGGCUGGUCACCAGUGUCUAAAACAUAGCGAAGGCUGGUCACCAGUGUCUAAAACAUAGCGAAGGCUGGUCACCAGUGUCUAAAACACAGCGAAGGCUGGUCACUAGUGUCUAAAACAUAGCGAAGGCUGGUCACAAGUGUCUAAAACACAGCGAAGGCUGGUCACUAGUGUCUAAAACAUAGCGAAGGCUGGUCACUAGUGUCUAAAACACAGCGAAGGCUGGUCACUAGUGUCUAAAACAUAGCGAAGGCUGGUCACCAGUGUCUAAAACACAGCGAAGGCUGGUCACCAGUGUCUAAAACAUAGCGAAGGCUGGUCACCAGUGUCUAAAACAUAGCGAAGGCUGGUCACCAGUGUCCAAAACACAGCGAAGGCUGGUCACCAGUGUCUAAAACACAGGAUAAGCUGUUAUCAACGCAAUUAGGUUCCUUGACAAGUUGGAUGAAAUUUAAUGACAUCAAUAAACUUGCCAUUAUGUUAAAAGUUUGAGAAACCAUGGUCUGGAGCAGGGACGGAACAAGCAGUAGCUUGCUAGUUGAAAACACAUUCUGGUCUAAAGCAAGCAUGUCAACUAGGAUUUCAAAUUAAUAACCUUGUUAUCCAAGCAAAGUCACAAAUGUUGAAUGUUAGAUUAUGUACAGAGCCAAAGUAUGAUCACUGGCUCAUUAUUUAUUGUUAACCUCCCACUGUAUCCACUCUGUCUGUCGGUCUGUCUGUCUCUGUCUGUCUGUCUAUCUCUAACCAUCUACAGCAAAGUCUCUACAGGAGUUUGCUGGAGUGUUGCAGAACCUGGAGGAUGAGAGAACGCGGAUGGUGAGUGUCAGAUAUACAGUGUCUUCGGAAAGUAUUCAGACCCCUUGACUUUUUCCACAUUUUGUUACGUUACAGCCUUAUUCUAAAAUUGAUUACAUUAUUUUUUCUCUCAGCAAUCUACACACAAUUCCCCAUAAUGACAAAGCGAAAACAGAUUUUUAGAAAUUUUUGCAAAUGUAUAAAAAAAAAAACCUGAAAUACAUGAUUUACUUAAGUAUUCAGACCCUUUGCUAUGAGACUUGAAAUUGAGCUCAGGACCAUCCUGUUUCCAUUAAGCAUCCUUGAGAUGUUUCUACAGCUUGAUUGGAGUCCACCUGUGGUAAAUUCAAUUGAUUGGACAUGAUUUGGAAAGGCACACACCUGUCUAUAUAAGGCCCCACAGUUGACAGUGCAUGUCAGAGCAAAAACCAAGCCAUGAGGUCGAAGGAAUUGUUCGUAGAGCUCCAAGACAGGAUUGUGCCGAGGCACAGAUCUGGGGAAGGGUACCAAAAAAUGUCUGCAGUAUUGAAGGUCCCCAAGAACACAGUGGCCACCAUCAUUCUUAAAUGGAAGAAGUUUGGAACCACCAAGACUCUUCCUAGAGCUGGCCGCCCGGCCAAACUGAGCAAUUGGGGGAGAAGGGCCUUGGUCAGGGAGGUGACCAAGAACCCGAUGGUCACUCUGACAGAGCUCUAGAGUUCCUCUGUGGAGAUGGGAGAACCUUCCAGAAGGACAACCAUCUCUGCAGCACUCCACCAAUCAGGCCUUUAUGGUAGAGUGGCCAGACGGAAGCCACUCCUCAGUAAAAGGCACAUGACAGCCCGCUUGGAGUUUGCCAAAAGGCACCUAAAGACUCUCAGACCAUGAGAAACAAGAUUUUCUGGUCUGAUGAACUCUUUGGCCUGAAUGCCAAGCGUCACGUCUGGAGGAAACCUGGCACCAUCCCUACGGUGAAGCAUGGUGGUGGCAGCAUCAUGCUGUGGGGAGGUUUUUCAGCGGCAAGGACUGGAAGACUAGUCAGGAUCGAGGGAAAGAUGAACAGAGCAAAGUACAGAGAGAGCCUUGAUGAAAACCUGCUCAAGAGUGCUCAGGACCUCAGACUGGGGAGAUCGUUUACCUUCCAACAGGACAACGACCCUAAGCACACAGCCAUGACAAUGCAGGAGUGGCUUCGGGACAAGUCUCUGAAUGUCCUUGAGUGGCCCAGCCAGAGCCCGGACUUGAACCCACAUUUUAUUGGCCACAUGCGCCGAAUACAACAGGUGCAGACAUUACAGUGAAAUGCUUACUUACAGCCCUUAACCAACAGUGCAUUUAUUUUUAAUAAAAAAGCAAAAUAAAAGAGCAGAAGUAAAAUAAAAUAACAGUAGGGAGGCUAUAUAUACAGGGGGGUACCAGUGCAGAGUCAAUGUGCGGGGGCACCGGGUAGUUGAGGUAGUUGAAGUAAUAUAUACAUGUGGGUAGAGUUAAAGUGACUAUGCAUAAAUAAUUAACAGAGUAGCAGCAGUGUAAAAAGAUAGGGUAGGGGGUGGGGGUGGGGGAGGGCAGUGCAAUUAGUACGGGUAGCCAUGAUUAGCUGUUCAGGAGUCUUAUGGCUUGGGGGUAGAAGCUGUUGAGAAGUCUUUUGGACCUAGACUUGGCACUCCGGUAACGCUUGCCGUGCGGUAGCAGAGAGAACAGUCUAUGACUAGGGUGGCUGGAAUCUUUGACAAUUUUGAGGGCCUUCCUCUGACACCGCCUGGUAUAGAGGUCCUGGAUGGCAGGAAGCUUGGCCCCAGUGAUGUACUGGGCUGUCCACACCACCCUCUGUAGUGCCUUGCGGUCGGAGGCCGAGCAGUUGCCAUACGAGGCGGUGAUGCAACCAGUCAGGAUGCUCUCGGUGGUGCAGCUGUAGAAUUUUUUGAGGAUCUGAGGACCCAUGCCAAAUCUUUUCAGUAUCCUGAGGGGGAAUAGGCUUUGUCGUGCCCUCUUCACGACUGUCUUGGUGUGUUUGGACCAUGAUAGUUUGUUGGUGAUGUGGACACCAAGGAACUUGAAGCUCUCAACCUGUUCCACUACAGCUCCGUUGAUGAGAAUGGGGGCAUGCUCAGUCCUCUUUUUUUUCCUGUAGUCCACAUUCAUCUCCUUUGUCUUGGUCACGUUGAGGGAGACACCACCUACUGUACUGGAGAAAACCGGUACAGUAAUCGCUGCCAAAGGUGCUUCAACAAAGUACUGAGUAAAGGGUCUGAAUACUUAUGUAAAUGUGAUAUUUCAGUUAUUUUUUAUUUUUUGUUGCAACAAUUUCUAAAAACCUGUUUUUGCUUUGUCAUUAUGGGGUAUUGUGUGUAGAUUGAUGAGGGGGAAAAAAAACAUUUAAUCAAUUUUAGAAUAAGGCUGUAAUGUAACAAUAUGUGGAAAAAGUCAAGGGGUCUGAAUACUUUCUGAACAUGAAAGUGUUAUAUAACCAGUAGAGUGAGGUCCUGUGUGAUCAGCUGUGUUGUGACUGAUCUCUGCUCAGAUUGAAAACGCCAAUGAUGUGCUGAUCAUGCCACUGGAGCGCUUCAGGAAGGAGCAGAUCAGUGCUGCCAAGGUAAGGAUAUAUUAUGACUGGACCCCCGAUAAGGGUACAAUUGCGGCCCGCAAUUCGGGGCAUUCCUGCAUACUUAUAUUUCUAUUGCUAAUUUUCUUUAGUUAGGACAGGCGGGAGGCAGGGGCACUCCGGUACAGUAGGUGGUGUUAAUGCACAAAAACUUUGAAUGCCAGCCGCCGAUAAACCCCACAGAAGAUGGGCAUUGUUUUCCCGCAGUUCUGUUAACGACAGUGAGGGCAGGCGGGAGUGAAGGACACUGUCUACCUGUGUUGCUCCCGCUAGCUAACAAGGAGGACUGCGGUACACAGCAGGCGGGGGUGACACCAUGUGCUAGCUAACUAUCAAGCUAGCUAGUACACGGUGUCGCCUCAGCCUUCCGCCUGCUGUGCUAGCGGGAGGCGGGGAUGACCGGUAGACAGUGUCCUUCGCCCUCGCCUGUCAGGCACGGUUUCCCCCCCCCCCCUAAAUGACCUGUUAAUCCCUACUACAGGGUCAUUGUGUGAUUUUACAAUCCCUCGUAGAUUACGAGGUGAAUUAUAAUCCUUAUUGGGUCAUGUAGCCAUUUCAUAAACCCUGUUUAGCCUUGAAAGACAACAAAAAAAACAUCUUUGUUUAUGACAUUUUAACCUAUCCGCUGAUUGUUAGGAAAUGCACUGAUCACUCAAAUAUUAGCAGUUUGCCCUUCAGUUUGACAGGUAACUGACUUUGUCCAGGUUAUUCUGAUUCCACAGGCACUGCAUAGACGUUAUAUGUUUGUAGGGUAGACUCUAUGUAAUGUAUGCACUGCAGGGAGCAGCAUCUCUCUAUUAAAUCACCAUUGAUGACAGCAUUCAAAGCGCUCCCUAAACUGUACCUCUAUGUCUAAAACGCUCUCAGCUCUGCCUGCGAGCUGACAGGUCUUCUGUGAUAAGACACUGCCACCACAUGGCCAAUAAUGGUAAUACAUGAAGGGCUUUAUCAGGCUUUAGUUGGUUGAUUGUCAAUGAAGAAAGAAAGGUAACAGACCUCAUACUGAGUGUGAUAUUGUAACCCUUUUUACACAUUGACAUAAUUUUGUGAAUGUACCUCACACCAUAUCAUUAUGAAGUCAAAGUCUGAAGGAGGUGUAUGUUCAUUGAAUGUUUGAAGAAUAAUUGAGUGUUUGAAGGAUACUUUAACUCAAAAAGCCCACAUUGAAACGUGGGUCAGUGCUAUCCGGAUCCUUGGGACGUCCCUACCCUAAACCCUAAACCCUAACCCUACCCUAACCUUAACCAUAACCUAACAUUAACCAUUAAACAUUUCAACUUCAAUGGGAGUAGGGAUGUUCCAAGGAUCCCGGAUAGCACGGCCUUGAAACAGGGUUAGAGCUAAUAGAAUGGCUUUGGUUUGCUAUAUUAUGAUGCUCCGUAAUGAUAUGUUGAGCAGCUGUUGUGGUCAUUCUGUUCUGAGGAGGGUUGAUUGGUUCUACUUCCUGUGGAAACUGGCUGGUUAUGAAAGGCUGGGUCAUGUGACCGGGUGGACAGGGAUGAUGACAUCAGUCAGUAGCAGGUGUGGACACAGUCAAUGUGCCCCAGGGUGAUGAGUACUGUACUCUAUGUUAAUACUGACACACCCUGUUAUGUCUGUCUGUCUGUCUGUCUGUAUGUGGAUGACCUCAUUACCAGAGGUUCAGUAUAAAGUGCUCUAUUAUUUUCCCAACAGCUGUGAGCUGUCUCUGUUGGUUUCAGCAGCCCUAGAGGACUUGUGAUUGCAACCUGUAUCUCACAACUUGUGCCUCCAGGUUUGUCGGUGAAGCUGAGCCCUGGACAUACCAAUAAUGCCGAUGACUCUUGAGAAAUUAUGUUCUGUUGGAAGGUACACUCUCAUAAAAAAGGGUUCCAAAAGGGUUCUUUGGCUGUCCCCAUAGGAGAACCCUUUUUGGUUCCAGGUAGAACCCUUUUGGGUUCUAUGUAGAACCCUCUGUGGAAAGGAUUCUAUAUGGAACCCAAAAGGGUUCUACCUGGAACCAAAAGGGUUCUACCUGGAACCAAAAAUGGUUCUUCAAAGGGUUCUCCUAUAGGGACAGCUGAAGAACCCUUUUAGGUUCUAGAUGGCACCUUUUUUUUCUAAGAGUGUAGCAGUCAGUGGCGAUUUUAACAUGUAAAUCUUGGUGGGGCAAACAAACCAAAAAUGUUGGGGGAUGCAUGCCAGCAAAGCCACAACACAACUCAACACUAAACAAUACAUUAAUUGCACUACGAUGACAAACGGUGCCCACAAACUGUUAGGGCCUACAUAAAGCUGUCCCAACAGCAGAGUCCCAACAGCAGUCCCAACACCUUACCACUGCUACACCUGGCUAUCAGCGGAGCCUUGUCUGGCAGCGAAACAGUUCAUUCAGCCUCAUUUACUGCCUUUAAAAAAAAUCAUAGCUGUACACGGGGGGCCAUUAUGAAAAAUGUAUGCACUCACUAAUUGUAAAUCGCUCUGGAUAAGAGCGUCUGCUAAAUGACUAAAAUGUCAAUUGGAUCACUAAAAAAUAUGGCUGACUCGCUUAAACAAAUGUGGUUUCUACUGACAAUUGAGAUGUACAAACUAUGCCAUAAGCGGACGACAAGCGGAUAAGAGGCAGUCUGUAAUUUUGAUUAAGACAUUAAUGAGCGAGCUAGGACGGACGUAGUCAAUUUAACUAUUUGUUCAGCACUUUUGAAAUGUACAGCGACAGAAUUCCAAACAUGGGCCGUUCUUACAGUGUUCUCCCUGUGCACCAAGUCAGAACCGUAGGAUAAAUAAAGGGGGAAUAUAAGCAGACAGUGAAAGCUCUUACAAUAUUCUGUAAUUACAUUUCUCUAAAACAGGUUAUAGGCUACAUGUGCACCACCAAGUCAGAACAGUAGGCAAAAUUAAGAGGGGAAAAUAGACCAAAUGAUCAGGGUGAGACACAUGGGCUACUAACAGCUUACUACACAACAUACACUUAGUAUUACUUUCUUAGCUACAGUAUACAUAUCUCCCUGGCAUAUUACAUAAUUUAUGCAGCAGCAUACAAUACAUUUUUGCACUCACCUUGUUGUGCUGUGCUCACUUGAACAGGAAGGUGGCGCGGCGGUCCUUCGUGGGCAAAUUCUGUCAUCAAACUUUGUCAUCAAAGUCUGGCAUUCUCUGGAUUUAUGGUGCUUUUAAGACAACUGGGAACUCGGAAAAAAGCAAGGUCGAAUCAUGAUGACAUCAGUGAUCUUCAGGUCGUAGCUCUAGAGAUGCCCGAGUUCACGACUUACAAUUCCGAGUUGGAUGACCGUUCAAAACGUAUUAUCCCAGUUGGAGCUAGCUUUUUCCCAAGUUCCUAGUUGUCUUGAAAUCAGUGAAGUCAGAUUUCCCAGUUCCGAGUUAACAGUUGUUUUGAGCGCGGCAGAAAUGUUGCUGGAUUGACAGCAUGGCCAAUGUUGAAUGUUUAUCAUUUUAAGCUUGGAAAAGAGACCCUUAAACCCAGACUUUGGACCACACAGCCACUCCACUGAAUAACAGGCUAGUGAUUGCUUUGCAAUGCUUGCAGUUAGCCACUGAUUCCUUCCAAACCACUCAUUGUUGAAUUUGCGAUUUCCAACUUGUUGUGUAAUGUUUAUGUCAAAUGGCCGAUGAGCACCGAUACAUUUUAUCUAUAAUUUCUCUUCAUUAUUUCUCUUCAUAUGACAAGGAUUAAAAAGGAUUUUCCAGUAGAUUGUCGACUUGAUUCAUGAUGAUGACUACUAGCUAAGAUUUUGAAAGUAUGAUAUUGACAUGAUCAGUCCAAUCAAAGCUACUGUAGAUAUAACGUGAUUUGACAUAAUUUUAUCUGUGGCCAAUGACCUUGAGCCUUCUUGGAUGGGUACCUCUAAUGUAACUCUAUGGCAGCACCCAAGGGGCUUGAAUUUUCGACCUCUACCCUUAGAUUUGGCGGUGAGGUAGUGUCCCCAUGAGAGACAACACUGAGCCAAUCACGGCACAACUAGAGGACAUUACCAACCCCUACGCUCCGUAUUUUCCGCUGGCUGCCCCACCACCACAGAAAACACUGAGCUAGGCUGAAACACCUGCAUUUUGGAGCUGCCUUACUCAACAAAGCAAAAAAGAGACCAUGUUUGUAUGCGGCUUUAUUAACUCAAUUAUUUUUAUUUUAUUUUAACAUUGUUUGCAAACUGAUAUGUGACACGUAUUAAUGCCAAAAUAACAUGCAAAACAGGCAACCCCCCCAAAAAUGUUAUUUUAUUUUAUUUUUUGCAAAGAAAUUGGGGCUCAAAACAGGUGCCCUGAAUGACAGGUCGCCACUGGUAGCAGUGAAGAUGCCAAAACAGAGUUAUAUUGCAGCUUUUUGACUGUAACACCAGUGUUACACUAUUGCAUACACCCUUAUGUUAUACUAGGGAAAUUGUGUUUCCAUAGCUAGGACUGACAGUGAGGACUUGUGAAAAGCAGAAUCAACAAGCUCUGCAUAAUCAAAACAGUUGCUUUGUGAGAAGGUGUUAAAGUUCACAGUUAGCCAUUGUUAUGUAAAUGAAAGCUGCAAAGUACAAGUGGCUUGGCUUUGGCCCCAAGUGAAACAGGUCCGCCGGAGCCAUGGCCCAGUGAGGCACGGGUGCCGGCCUGCGUAGAUGGAAACAGAAAAAGACUGAGUCUUUUGGGUAAAACACCGGGGUAAAUCCUUAGUGGAAAUGUGCCAUAUGUCUGAUAUAUAGGUCUCUCUUAAGAAAGAGAUAUUCUGACCUCAAUGGGACUUCCUGGUUAAUUAGAAAUAGACAUUGCUGUGUGUGGUGUCCAGGACUUUAGAGGAAACAAAUUGACUGUUGGUGACCUUUUGACUGACCUCUCACAGGAAGCCAAGAAGAAAUACGACAAAGAGACAGAGAAAUACUGUGCUGUACUGGAGAAGCACCUAAGUCUAUCAGCAAAGAAGAAAGAAGCACAUCUCCAUGAAGUAAGUACAUACCUUUCCCUUGCUGCAGUAGGUCCAUGUUUACGUUUAAGUGUUCAUGUGUUUGUGAGUUGACUCACUGUAAUUCUGAGGUGAUGCAUGUCUGUGUGUGACCUGAACGUCAGUUCAAACAGAGUCACUUCACUGUGUGUGUGCCCUGAACGUCCGUUCAAACAGAGUCACGUCACUGUGUGUGUUGUGCAGGCAGACAGUCAGGUGGACCACGUGCGGCAGCAUUUCUAUGAGGUGUCUCUGGAGUACGUGUUCAAGGUGCAGGAAGUCCAGGAGAGGAAGAUGUUUGACUUCGUAGAGCCGGUCAGUGAGAAUGUCAACCGCCCUCAGCAUCUGCUGUCUUUUACUGUAUACUGCUUAGGGGUGCAAAAUUCCGGUAACUUUCCUAAACUUCCCAGGUUCUCCAGAAAUCCUGGUUGGAAGACGUAUUUACUUUUGCAACCCUACUAUCUUCCUGUACUCUGUACAUUACUUACUGUUGACUGUACUAUGUUACAUACUACUGUUACUGUACUACUGUAAUUACUAUGUUACAUUACUACUGUUACUGUACUACUGUUACUGUACUACUGUUACAUUACUACUGUUACAUUACUACUGUUACUGUACUACUGUUACUGUACUACUGUUACAUUACUACUGUUACUGUACUACUGUUACUGUACUACUGUUACUGUACUACUGUUACAUUACUACUGUUACAUUACUACUGUUACUGUACUACUGUUACAUUACUACUGUUACAUUACUACUGUUACUGUACUACUGUUACAUUACUACUGUUACAUUACUACUGUUACUGUACUACUGUUACAUUACUACUGUUACAUUACUACUGUUACAUUACUACUGUUACUGUACUACUGUUACUGUACUACUGUUACAUUACUACUGUUACUGUACUACUUUACAUUACUACUGUUACAUUAACUAUGUUACUACUGUUACUGUACUACUGUUACUGUACUACUGUUACAUUACUACUGUUACAUUACUACUGUUACAUUACUACUGUUACAUUACUACUGUUACUUACUACGGUUACAUUACUACUGUUACAUUACUACUGUUACUGUACUACUGUUACAUUACUACUGUUACAUUACUACUGUUACUGUACUACUGUUACAUUACUACAGUUACAUGACUACUGUUACAUUACUACUGUUACAUUACUACUGUUUGUACUAUUACUGUAUACUGUUACAUAUACUGUUACUGUACUACUUUACAUUACUACUGUUACAUUACUACUGUUACAUUACUACUGUUACAUUACUACUGUUACAUUACUACAGUUACAUGACUACUGUUACAUUACUACUGUUACUGUACUACUGUUACAUUACUACUGUUACAUUACUACUGUUACUGUACUACUGUUACAUUACUACAGUUACAUUACUACUGUUACAUUACUACUGUUACAUUACUACUGUUACUGUACUACUGUUACUGUACUACUGUUACAUUACUACUGUUACUGUACUACUUUUACAUUACUACUGUUACAUUACUACUGUUACUGUACUACUGUUACAUUACUACUGUUACAUUACUACUGUUACGUACUACUGUUACUUACUACUGUACAUUACUACUGUUACUGUACUACUGUUACAUUACUACUGUUACAUUACUACUGUUACUGUACUACUGUUACAUUACUACUGUUACUGUACUACUGUUACAUUACUACUGUUACAUUACUACUGUUACAUUACUACUGUUACUGUACUACUGUUACAUUACUACUGUUACUGUACUACUGUUACUGUACUACUGUUACAUUACUACUGUUGCAUUACUACUGUUACAUUACUACUGUUACUGUACUACUGUUACUGUACUACUGUUACAUUACUACUGUUACAUUACUACUGUUACUGUACUACUGUUACAUUACUACUGUUACAUUACUACUGUUACUGUACUACUGUUACUGUACUACUGUUACUGUACUACUGCUUACAUUACACGUUACUGUACUAUGUUACAUUACUACGUUACAUUACUACUGUUACAUUACUACUGUUACUGUACUACUGUUACAUUACUACUGUUACUGUACUACUGUUACUGUACUACUGUUACUGUACAACUGUUACUGUACUACAGUUACAUUACUACUGUUACUGUACUACUGUUACAUUACUACUGUUACAUUACUACUGUUACUGUACUACUGUUACUGUACUGUACUUACUUGUACAUAAAACUGUACAUCUCUGUUACUGUACUACUGUUACAUUACUACUGUUACAUACUACUGUUACUGUACUACUGUUACUGACUACUGUUACUACUACUGUUACUGUACUACUGUUACAUUACUACUGUUACAUUACUACUGUUACUGUACUACUGUUACUGUACUACUGUUACUUUACAACUGUUACAUUACUACUGUUACUGUACUACUGUUACAUUACUACUGUUACUGUACUACUGUUACAUUACUACUGUUACUGUACUACUGUUACUGUACUACUGUUACAUUACUAGUUACAUUACUACUGUUACAUUACUACUGUUACUGUACUACUGUUACUGUACUACUGUUACAUUACUACUGUUACUGUACUACUGUUACUGUACUACUGUUACAUUACUACUGUUACUGUACUACUGUUACAUUACUACUGUACAUUCUACUGUUACUAUACUGUUACGUACUACGUUACAUUACUACUGUUACUGUACUACUGUACUGUAUACGGUUACAUUACUACUGUUACUGUACUACUGUUACAUUACUACUGUUACUGUACUACUGUUACAUUACUACUGUUACUGUACUACUGUUACUUUACAACUUUCAUGCUCAGUCACCUCAUCUCUCUUUGACCCACACCGUCUACACAAUGUACAGAUGUAGGAUCUUAAUUUCAGCCAGCAGGAAAAUAAUCCUGCAGCAACAGGAAAUGUGAAUUAUUACAGUAUGUGGAUUAUAAUUAACAUACAUUUUUGUAGGGGUUGAUACAUUUUUCGUGAGGAAAAAUCAAGUCUGAAAUUUCAAAGUGGAAAUUACAAACUUCAGAAAGCUUUUUUAAACCUCAAAUACAGUACAAUUUCCUACAUUUCAGGAAAGAUCUCCUGCAACAGGAUCAUCAAAUUAAGAUCCUACAUAUGUAGCUUUAGAAUGUAGCUGACAACAAGUACCUUUGAAAACAAAUGACAGUAGAUUAGGUUGAUUUAAUUUAAUUGAGUUGAGAGGAAUGUUUCUCAACCUUGUUUCCUUUCCCUGUCAUCCUCUACAUCCAUUCUAGUUGCUGGCAUUCCUUCAAGGGCUGUUUACUUACUACCAUCAUGGGUACGAGCUGGCCAAAGAUUUCAACCACUUCAAGACAGACCUCACCAUCAGCAUUCAGAAUGUAAGAUACAUGUUGAUGCCAUACAUUACAGGCAUGAGGUGCUGAUCAAAUUUCCUCUUUUGCCAGCCCAGUGGCAUUUCAAGGCAAUAGCCCUAACCCAACAACUGCAGACAAUGGUGAAUUGCUCAGAAUGCAGGGUGGUAGGUGGGAUGUUUCCAUCAUUCUGUCUCCUCUCCUUCCCUGUUCAGACACGGAACCGUUUUGAAAGCACACGGUCUGAGGUGGAGUGUCUGAUGAGGAAGAUGAAGGAGAACCCCCAUGAACACAAGAGCAUCAGCCAUGACACCAUGGAGGGAUAUCUGUUUGUACAGGAGAAACGUGAGUGUCCCGUCCUGCUCUCUGUCACUCUCACUCCUUUCUCGCUCUUGCUCUCACUGUCUGACACACACACACACACACACACACACACACACACACACACACACACACACACACACACACACACACACACACACACACACACACACACACACACACACACACACACACACACACACACUUUUCUCUCUCAUGCUGCAAUAAGGUCACGUAUCAUAUCACUACCAUUUGGAAAAGCGUGGUGGUGGUGAAAUUACGACUACCGCUUUAGUACCAGUGGUGUUGUUGUACAUAUACAGUGGCUUGCGAAAGUAUUCACCCCCCUUGGCAUUUUUCCUAUUUUGUUGCCUUACAACCUGGAAUUAAAAAGAGUUUGUAUCAUUUGAUUUACACAACAUGCCUACCACUUUGAAGAUGCAAAAUAUUAUUUAUUGUGAAACACACAAGAAAUAAGACAAAAAAAACAGGAAACUUGAGCGUGCAUAACUAUUCACCCCCCCCAAAGUCAAUACUUUGUAGAGCCACCUUUUUGCAGCAAUUACAGCUGCAAGUCUCUUGGGGUAUGUCUCUAUAAGCUUGGCACAUCUAGACACUGGGAUUUUUGCCCAUUCUUCAAGGCAAAACUGCUCCAGCUCCUUCAAGUUGAAUGGGUUCCGCUGGUGUACAGAAAUUGUUAAGUCAUACCACAGAUUCUCAAUUGGAUUGAGGUUUGGGCUUUGACUAGGCCAUUCCAAGACAUUGAAAUGUUUCCCCUUAAACCACUCAAGUGUUGCUUUAGCAGUAUGCUUAGAGUCAUUGUCCUGCUGGAAGGUGAACCUCCAUCCCAGUCUCAAAUCUCUGGAAGACUGAAACAGGUUUCCCUCAAGAAUUUCCCUGUAUUUAGCGCCAUCCAUCAUUCCUUCAAUUCUGACCAGUUUCCUAAUCCCUGCCAAUGGAAAAACAUCCCCACAUCAUGAUGCUGCCACCACCAUGCUUCACUGUGGGGAUGGUGUUCUCGGGGUGAUGAGAGGUGUUGGGUUUGCGCCAGACAUAGCGUUUUCCUUGAUGUCCAAAAAGCUCAAUUUUAGUCUCAUCUGAACAGAGUACCUUCUUCCAUAUGUUUGGGGAGUCUCCCACAUGCCUUUUGGCGAACACCAAACGUGUUUGCUUAUUUAUUUCUUUAAGCAAUGUCUUUUUUCUGGCCACUCUUCCGUAAAGCCCAGCUCUGUGGAGUGUAUGGCUUAAAGUGGUCCUAUGGACAGAUACUCCAAUCUCCACUGUGGAGCUUUGCAGCUCCUUCAGGGUUAUCUUUUGACUCCUUGUUGCCUCUCUGAUUAAUGCCCUCCUUGCCUGGUCCGUGAGUUUUGGUGGCCGGCCCUCUCUUGGCAUGUUUGUUGUGGUGCCAUUUUCUUUAAAAAAAUGUAAUAAUGGAUUUAAUGGUGCUCCGUGGGAUGUUCAAAGUUUCAGAUAUUUUUUAUAACCCAACCCUGAUCUGUACUUCUCCACAACUUUGUCCCUGACCUGUUUGGAGAGCUCCUUGGUCUUCAUGGUGCCGCUUGCUUGGUGGUGCCCCUUGCUUAGUGGUGUUGCAGACUCUGGGGCCUUUCAGAACAGGUGUAUAUAUACUGAGAUCAUGUGACAGAUCAUGUGACACUUAGAUUGCACACAGGUGGACUUUAUUUAACCAAUUAUGUGACUUCUGAAGGUAAUUGGUUGCACCAGAUCUUAUUUAGGGGCUUCAUAGCAAAGGGGGUGAAUACAUGUACACACACCACUUUUCCGUUAUUUAUUUUUUAGAAAUAUUAUAAAUAAGUUAUUUUUCAUUUCACUUCACCAAUUUGGAGUAUUUUGUGUAUGUCCAUUACAUGAAUUCCAAAUAAAAAUUCAUUUAAAUUACAGGUUGUAAUGCAACAAAAUAGGAAAAACGCCAAGGGGGAUGAAUACUUUUGCAAGGCACUGAAGAUUAAAAUGUCCCCAUAGAAACAACAAGAGUAAUUGUAUUCAGGAUGAGAAAGUCACGCUCCAAGAGGUGACAAGGGCAUUGAGCGUGUGCAGUAAUAAAUUGGUAACCGACACCAUUUUUUAAUUUCUCCCCACCCAUCUGCUACUCUCUCUCAUUCUCUCUCUGCUUCUCUCUCUGCUUCUCUCUCUCCUUCUCUCUCUGCCUCUCUCUCUGCUUCUCUCUCUGCUUUUCUCUCUGCAUCUCUCUCUGCUUCUGUCUCUGCUUCUCUCUCUGCUUCUUGCUGCUUCUCUCUCUGCUUCUCUCCGCUUCUCUCUUUCCUUCUCUUUCUGCUUCUCUCUCUCUGCCUCUCUCUCUGCUUCUCUCUCCAUUUCUCUCUCUCCUUCUCUCUCUGCUUCUCUCUCCUCUUCUCUCUCUCUGCUUCUCUCUCUGCUCCUCUCUCUGCUUCUCUCUCCUUCUCUCUCUGCUUCUCUCUCUGCUUCUCUCUCUACAUCUCUCUCUACAUCUCUCUCCGCUUCUCUCUCCGCUUCUCUCUCCGCUUCUCUCUCCGCUUCUCUCUCCUUCUCUCUCUGCUUCUCUCUCUGCUUCUCUCUCUGCUUCUCUCUCUGCUUCUCUCUCUGCUUCUCCCUCUGCUUCUCUCGCUGCGUCUCUCUCUGUGUCUAUCUCUGCAUCUCUCUCCGCUUCUCUCUCUGCAUCUCUCUCUGCAUCGCUCUCUGCAUCUCUCUCCGCUUCUCUCUCUGCAUCUCUCUCCGCUUCUCUCUCCUUCUCUCUCUGCUUCUCUCUCCUUCUCUCUCUGCUUCUCUCUCUGCUUCUCGCUCAGGUUCUUUCGUGUCAACCUGGGUCAAGUACUACUGCACCUACCAUCGAGAGCCCAAACGAGUCACCAUGGUCCUGUUUGACCAGAAGUCUGGAGGCAAAGUGGUGCGUUGUCUGUUUGUUUCUACCCAGAAUGCCACUCUACCAUGCCGUGGGACCAUGUACAGUUGAAGUCGGAAGUUUACAAACACCUUAGCCAAAUACAGUUAAACUCAGUUUUCCACAAUUCCUGACAUUUAAUCCUAGUAAAAAAUGCCCUGUUUUAGGUCAGUUAGGAUCACCACUUUAUUUUAAGAAUGUGAAAUGUCAGAAUAAUAGUAGAGAGAAUGAUUUAUUUCAGCUUUUAUUUAUUUCAUCACAUUCCCAGUGUGUCAGAAGUUUACAUACACUCAAUUAGUAUUUGGUAGCAUUGCCUUUAAAUUGUUUACCUUGGGUCAAACGUUUCGGGUAGCCUUCCACAAGCUUCCCACAAUAAUUUGGGUGAAUUUUGGCCCAUUCCUCCUGACAGAGCUGGUGUAACUGAGUCAGGUUUGUAGGCCUCCUUGCUCGCACAUGCUUUUUCAGUUCUGCCCACAAAUGUUCUAAAGGAUUGAGGUCAGGGCUUUGUGAUGGCCACUCCAUUACCUUGACUUUGUUGUCCUUAAGCCAUUUUGCCACAACUUUGGAUGUAUGCAUGUGGUCAUUGUCCAUUUGGAAGACCCAUUUGCGACCAAGCUUUAACUUCCUGUCUUGAGAUGUUGCUUCAAUAUAUCCACAUAAUUUUCCUUCCUCAUGAUGCCAUCUAUUUUGUGAAGUGCACCAGUCCCUCCUGCAGCAAAGCACCCCCACAGCAUGAUGCUGCCACCCCCAUGCUUCACGGUUGGGAUGGUGUUCUUCGGCUUGCAAACCCUCCCUUUUUCUCCAAACAUAACGAUGGUCAUUAUGGCCAAACAGUUCUAUUUUUGUUUCAUCAGACCAGAGGACAUUUCUCCAAAAAGUAUGAUCGUUGUCCCCAUGUACAGUUGCAAACGGUAGUCUGGCUUUUCUAUGGCGGUUUUGGAGCAGUGGCUUCUUCCUUGCUGAGCGGCCUUUCAGGUUAUGUCGAUAUAGGACUCGUUUGACUGUGGAUAUAGAUACUUUUGUACCUGUUUCCUCCAGCAUCUUCACAAGGUCUUUUGCUGUUGUUCUGGGAUUGAUUUUCACUUUUCACACCAAAGUAUGUAUAUCUCUAGGAGACAGAACGCGUCUCCUUCCUGAGCGGUAUGACGGCUGCGCGGUCCCAUGGUGUUUAUACUUGCGUACUAUUGUUUGUACAGAUGAACGUGGUACCUUCAGGCGUUUGGAAAUUGCUCCCAAGGAUGAACUUUUUUUCUAAGGUCUUAGCUGAUUUAUUUUUAUUUUCCCAUGAUGUCAAGUGAAGAGGCACUGAGUUUGAAGGUAGGCCUUGAAAUACAUCCACAGGUACACCUCCAAUUGACUCAAAUGAUGUCAAUUAGCCUAUCAGAAGCUUCUAAAGCCAUGACAUAAUUUUCUGGAAUUUUCCAAGCUGUUUAAAGGCACAGUCAACUUAGUGUAUGUAAACUUCUGACCCACAGGAAUUGUGAUACAGUGAAUUAUAAGUGAAAUAAUCUGUCUGUAAACAAUUGUUGGAAAAAUUACUUGUGUCAUGCACUUGCCAAAACUAUAGUUUGUUAACAAGAAAUUUGUGGAGUGGUUGAAAAACGAGUUUUAAUGACUCCAACCUAAGUGUAUGUAAACUUCCAACUUCAACUGUAGUUGUUGGAGCAGAAAGACAGAGAGAGAGAGAGAGAGAAGAGAGAGAAAUAAAUGUUGGCAUCGGUCGCCUGCUUGUUUUUGCCUGUCGGCGACGAUGCAGGGCUCUUAUCUUGGCAUGGGCGAGAGGCCAGAACAGCUGCCUCCGGUAAGACAAGCGGUGACGGUGUGUAUUUGUAAAUAACAGCUGGUGCACGAAAUCUAAUAUUAAGGAAGUCUCAAGGUUUUGCUCGCCUGAGGUAGUGUAUCUCAUGAUAAGCUGUAGACCACACUAUUAACCAAGAGAGUUUUCAUCUAUAUUUUUUGUUGCUGUCUAUUUACCACCACAAACCAAUGCUGGCGCUAAGACCACACUCAAUGAGCUGUAUAAGGCCAUAACUAAACAGGAAAACGCUCAUCCAGAGGCAGCGCUCCUAGUGGCCGGGGACUUUAAUGCAGGGAAACUUAAAUCCGUUUUACCUCAUUUCUACCAGCAUGUUAAAUUUGCAACCAGAAGAAAAAAAAAGUCUAGACCACCUUUACUCCACACACAGAGACGCGUACAAAGCUCUCCCUCGCCCUCCAUUUGGCAAAUCUGACCAUAACUCUAUCCUCCUAAUUCCUGCUUACAAGCAAAAACUAAAGCAGGAAGCACCAGUGACUCUGUCAAUAAAGAAGUGGUCAGAUGACGCAGAUGCUAAGCUACAGGACUGUUUUGCUAGCACAGAUUGUAAUAUGUUCCGGGAUUCUUCCGAUGGCAUCGAGGAGUACACCUCAUCAGUCACUGGCUUCAUCAAUAAGUGCAUCUAUGACGUCGUCCCCACAGUGACCGUACGUACAUACCCCAACCAGAAGCCAUGGAUUACAGGCAACAUCAUGACUGAGCUAAAGGGUAGAGCUGCCACUUUCAAGGAGCGGGACUCUAACCGGAUGUGGCAGGGCUUGCAAACUAUUAUGGACUACAAAGGGAAGCACAGCCACGAGCUGCCCAGUGACACGAGCCUACCAGACGAGCUAAAUUACUUCUAUGCUCGCUUCGAGGCAAGCAACCCUGAAGCAUGCAUGAGAGCAUCAGCUGUUCCGGACGACUGUGUGAUCAAGCACUGAGAUGCAGUGCCUUAGAACGCUGCGCCACUCGGGAGCCCAAAAUUACUACAUCACAUUGUUUAUCUGGGUCUUGGGCUGUUGCUCUUACGUCUAUGGUCCACCUGUCUCCUUCUUUUGUUAUCUUGAUAUCACAGUUACUGUUGUCCCAUGUGGCUUCCCCAUUAUCCCGGUGAUGGGCCCACCCACACAGCCUAACAUCUGACCCUCGCUCUUUAAUAAGGAAUUCUUUCUGUAUUUCCUUCAUGGUUCUUGCUUGUGCAGGAAUGAACGUUCUAAUCCUAUCUGUUUCUUGUCUUUGUCUUGUCUCUGUGUUUUUCACUGCUGGUGUGCUAAUACUGGUGGGAGGCUCUUCUCUUUUAGUUCUGACUAUAGGUCCUUCUCCUCCCAUUAGUCGUUUCGCUUGAUUUAUGUCCAUUAUUUUAGUAGGCUCACUACCAACUGGUUUUCCUAGUAUGCUUGGUCCUUGGGUUGGGCCCCAUAUGUAUUCUGUUUUUACACAAUGGUCUUUCAGACACCUUACCCUAAUUGUGGCAUACCCUUCUAUCUGACAUCUCUUUAUCCUGGGCCAUCCUCUGUGCAACACUUCCUCCUGAUUCAUAAUGGUUAUUUGUCCUGGCUCCGUUGGUCUAUCCUUUGUGUACCAAAUUGUAGUAGGCAAGUCUAAUAUAACUUUUCCUAGUUUUACAGCUAUGGUUACAAGAGCCAUUCCACAAUUAUCCAACUGCUCCAGCCUCCAGUGUUCGUUACUGGAUCUAGACAAAGGCAGAGAAGUCAAUUGUGGGGAAGUCUGGGGGUUCUGGGUGGUCCUGGAGGUCUGGAAGGUAUUAGAGGUCUGGAAGGUCUUGGGGGUCUGGAAGGUCUUGGGGGUCUGGAAGGUCUGUCCCUCGACUGAGGGAAUCAACCAGAGCAUGUAACUCAUCAACAGCAUUCCCACUGCCCGCUGCCCUCUUCCCCCAUCCUUUGAUUUUGUCUGUCUUCAGCAGAGAUUGGGGAUUAUGUUUGAGUUUCCAUCCCCUCUCCUUCUGUUCCUGUUUCCUCUUCUUCCCUAUCGGGGGUUUCAGCUUCCUCAUCGCCAAGUCGCUGUUCCCUUUGUGGUACUCUGGUGCAAUGGUUUAGGUGGUACCAAGUAGUGCUUCCUUCCACCUGUAUGGCCAUAGGCAUAGCUCAAACCACCUUGUAUGGACCUUCUCGCCUGGGCUGGUUCCACUUCCUUCGGAAGACCCUGACGUACACUUGGUCCCCUGGCACCACCGGACCGGACACCUCUGGUCCUGGCUCUGGUUCUCGUCUUUUUUCCUGGAGAUAAACACUUUUAUGUAUAGCAGUUAGUUGUUCCAUCUCUAAUUAUUCAAGUGAGGGACCUUUAUAGGGUCCUCUCAGAACUGGCACUGGCAUGGGUCGACCCGGGGUUAGGUGCGUGUUUCUGUUAGUUUGCAUGUGAUAGAUCAUUAAGGCAACCGGUAAUGCAUCCACCCAGUUAAGCUUUGCACUAGCACAGAUUUUAUUAAGUUUAGCCUUGAGGGUUCCAUUUAUUCUUGCAACUGUGGGUGAUACACACAUCCCAGUCUUUGCUUUAUCCUUAGCUGUUGUAAUACUUGUUUUACUGUUUUCUGAAUAAAUGUUGACCCAUUGUCUGAAGUGAUUUCUGUCGGUAUUCCAAACCUGGGUAUCACUUCUCUGGUUAGGAAUUUGAUUACUGUUCCUGAUCCUAGGUCUACUGAUGGUACUGCUUCUACCCAUCUACUGAACCUAUCUAUAAUUACAAGCAUGUAUCUUUUUCCAUUCACUUUCUUAAUCAUAUCCACGUAGUCUAUGACCAGGUGUCGAAAUGGCCCCUCUGUGACCUAUAGGCGUGGUUAUGCCCUUGCGCACAUUGUUUUGCGCGCAAACUUCACAUUUUGCCAAUGUAUCAUCUACCAUUACCUAUAGAUAUGAUGACCAGUAUCAUUGCUGUUUAAUCUUCCUUAUCACUUCUCCCCUUCCACAAUGGUCAAAACCAUGCGCAUCUGUUAUUAACAGGUUAAGUAAUAUGGUUGGUGCUACAAUAGUACCCUCAUGGGAUCUCCAUAACCCUGUCACAUCUUUCGUAGCUCCUCUUUGGUGCCACUUUGUCUGUUUGUAGGGUCCUGCCCUUUCCUGCAUUCUAAUGAUGUCAUCUAACUGAGGUGCAGAUUCUACAAUGACCAUUGGUGCUAGCACCGGGCAAUGCAUUUGGAGGCCUGUUAAGCAGCUUAAUCUGCUGCAUUAUUGCCACUGAUAACAAAUUCAUUGCCUUUCUUGUGAGCCUGACACUUAACUAUAGCCAGCCGUGUCGGGUACCUUAGUGCUGUCAUAUUUUUCACAAUUUGCUUGUGAUGUUGUAUAGGCGUGCCAUCACUUUUCCUGAACCCCCGUUGUUUCCAAACUGCCCCAAACAAGUGACACACACCAUGUUUAUUAUUUAUUUAUUUAUUUCAACUUUAUUUAACCAGGUAAGCCAGUUGAGAACAAGUUCUCAUUUACAACUGCGACCUGGCCAAGAUAAAGCAAAGCAGUGUGAUAAAAACAACAACAACACAGAGUUACAUAUGGAAUAAACAAAAACGUACAGUCAAUAACACAAUAGAAAAUAGAAAAUCUAUAUACAGUGUGUGCAAAUGUAGUAAGUUCUGGAGGUAAGGCAAUAAAUAGGCCAUAGUGCAAAAUAAUUACAAUUUAGUAUUAACACUGGAGUGAAAGAUGUGAAGAAGAUGAUGUGCAAAUAGAGAUACUGGGGUGCAAAUUAGCAAAAUAAAUAACAAUGUAAAUAACAAUAUGGGGAUUAGGUAGUUGGGUGGGCUAAUUACAGAUGGGCUGUGUACAGGUACAGUGAUCGGUAAACUGCUCUGACAACUGAUGCUUAAAGUUAAUGAGGGAGAUAAGUGUCUCCAGCUUCAGAGAUUUUUGUAGUUCGUUCCAGUCAUUUGCAGCAGAGAACUGGAAGGAAUGGUGGCCAAAGGAGGUGUUGGCUUUGGGGAUGACCAGUGAGAUAUACCUGCUGGAGCGCAUACUACGGGUGGGUGUUGUUAUGGUGACCAAUGAGCUAAGAUAAGGCGGGGAUUUGCCUAGAAGUGAUUUAUAGAGCCAGUGGGUUUGGCGACGAAUAUGUAGUGAGGGCCAGCCAACGAGAGCGUACAGGUCACAAUGGUGGGUAGUAUAUGGGGCUUUGGUGACAAAACGGAUGGCACUGUGAUAGACUACAUCCAAUUUGCUGAGUUGAGUGUUGGAAGCUAUUUUGUAAAUGACAUUGCCGAAGUCAAGGAUCGGUAGGAUAGUCAGUUUUACGAGGGCAUGUUUAGCAGCAUGAGUGAAGGAGGCUUUGUUGCGAAACAGGAAGCUGAUUAUAGAUGUAACUUUGGAUUGGAGAUGCUUAAUGUGAGUCUGGAAGGAGAGUUUACGAUCUAACCAGACACCUAGGUAUUUGUAAGUCAAACCCGCCGAGAGUAGUGAUUCUAGUCGGGCGGGCGGGUGCAAGCAGCGUUCGAUUGAAGAGCAUGCAUUUAGUUUUACUAGCGUUUUAAGAGCAGUUGGAUGCCAAAGAAGGAGGGUUGUAUGGCAUUGAAGCUCGUUUGGAGGUUUGUUAACACAGUGUGAUGUAGGGCUGAACGAUUAAUUGCAUUCGCGAUAAUAUCGCGAUUUGACUGAACGCGAUUUUCUAAUCGCAACGUGCGCGAUUUGAGGUGGUCACGUGACGCGACUUUUCAUGCUGUCCAGCGCAAUGGCCUCUUGCUCGACGGAACAGUCAGAAACUGACACAGCUGAUACUUUAAUAUCGAAGAGGAACAGCACGUCGGUGGUGUGGAACUAUUUUGGUUUUAAAAAAGAAGAUGCUGAGCAGCGUCAGGUGUUGUGCAGAGCAUGCCGUGCUCCGAUUGCUACUUCACGGGGUAACACUACAAACCUGUUUCAGCACUUAAAAAAAUACCACAAAUCAAUGCAUGACAGUUGUAUGACCAAAAUGCCGAGCAUCAGUGCGCGAGACAAGCCAAAUACCUCAAGACAGGGAUCACUGACAGAAAUGUUCGAAAGUGUCACUCCGUAUGAACGUAAUUCAAAACGGCACGGAGAAAUCACUCGGACAAUAACCGAGUUCAUAGCCAAAGAUAUGAUGCCUCUCAGUCGCAGAGGCAGAGAUAAACAAUUACCUGAUGACUCCUACCAUUGAUGGAGAAGAUGAUCCAUUGGCUUGGUGGAGGGUGCACAAGAUCAGCUACCCACAGUUGUGCACCAUGGCACGCAAGUAUCUUUGUGUACCUGCUACAAGCGCUCCCUCAGAGCGUCUUUUUAGCACAGGAGGGAAUAUUGUGACUUGCACUCGCUCAUCCUUGAAGCCAGAAAAAGUCAAUAUUCUGGUUUUCUUAGCAAAAAACCUGUGAGCCACUGAGAACAGAACUGUUGGAUAAGUAUGGCUGGCAGUGCCAUACUCGUAGUGAACUUUAGUCUGUGUGGUGUGUUAUUGUUGUGUACUUGAGAUAGGUGAGGCUCAUCUAUUUUAUAUUAUAAUAUUCAAAUCGUUUAUAAAAAAUAGUUUGUCUAAAUUAAAAGUGCAUUUCUCAUUUUUUAUUUAUAACUUUAUUUACUUUGAUUUUACAAAAUAUUUUCAAAGCAAAUUCCUUGUUUCAGUUGUGUGAAAUGUUACUGACUUGGGAGCAGUAAGAUACAUACAAUUUAAAAUUAUUUUUUUCUUAAGACUGUACCUUUUGCACACAGUGUUUACAAAGUUCAUGCCUUUGUUUAAAUUAUUUAAAUGCAGGGUGGCAAAGCCACAGAUGUUUCUGUAAUGAGCAGUUCAAUAAAAAUGUCAUUUAUUUCAAGUCAUACAUGUUUGAAUUUAAUUCUAACAAAUAGACCCAGCCUAUGGGAAAGAACAUUUCACACUAAAUGUAUAUACUAUUGUGUUGGUCAUAUUUAAAUCAUUCAUUAUGUUUUGUAGGGGAAAAAGGAUAAAUAAAUUAAAUCGCAUAUUAAAUCGCAAUCGCAAUAUUGGGGGCAAAAAAUCGCAAUUAGAUUAUUUUCCAAAAUCGUUCAGCCUUAGUGUGAUGUCUGCGUAGUGGUGUCGUCUGCGUAGAGGUGGAUCUGAGAGUCACCAGCAGCAAGAGCGACAUCAUUGAUAUACACAGCGAAUAGAGUCGGCCCGAGAAUUGAACCCUGUGGCACCCCCAUAGAGACUGCCAGAAGUCCAGACAACAGGCCCUCCGAUUUGACACAUUGAACUCUAUCUGAAAAGUAGUUGGUGAACCAGGCGAGGCAGUCAGUUGAGAAACCAAGGCCAUUUAGUCUGCCAAUAAAAAUGCGGUGAUUAACAGAGUCAAAAGCCUUGGCCAGGUCGAUGAAGACUGCUGCACAGUACUGUCUUUUAUCAAUCGCGGUUAUUAUAUCGUUUAGGACCUUGAGCAUGGCUGAGGUGCACCCAUGACCAGCUCGGAAACCAGAUUGCAUAGCGGAGAAGGUACUGUGGGAUUCGAAGUGGUCGGUGAUCUGUUUGUUAACUUGGCCUUCAAUGGAUAUAGGUCUGUAAUAGUUUGGAUCUAGAGUGUCACCCCCUUUGAAGAGGGGGAUGACCGAGGCAGCUUUCCAAUCUCUGGGGAUCUCAGACUAUACGAAAGAGAGGUUGAACAGGCUUUAAGUUCAGCCAGUUGGGCUGAACAUGGCUGUGGGCAAUGUAUCUGUCAUUACUUCUCUAAAUUCCCUUCCUUGUUUCUUCACUACUGCAAAUCAGCCUGAUUUCCAGUGUGGUCUUUGUAACAAGACCCGUCUACAAAAUAGUCCUACACAUAGCCAUUUCCCAGAUCGGGCAAUGGUGUUGACUCUAAGUCUGGUCUAAGCUGGGUGAAUGUCAAUGAUUCUGCCACACAGUUGUGUGCUAAACCCUCGAAUUCUAACGGAAUUCUUUCUGCCGGGUUUACUGUACUAAAGCGUUUAAUGGCGACAUCUGGGUAUGUUAAUAGGGUCAUGUAUUCUAAAGUUCUUGCAUUGGUAAGCACACAUUUUCCCUGUUCUAUUAGCUCCACUAUUUUAUGAUGUGUGGACAUUACUAUAGUGUAGCCCAUAGUAAUGGUGGAUGCUUUGUCGAAUGCAUACUGUAGAUCGGUUAGACCCUGAUAGCAGGGUGGAUAUCCCUGCGCCACAGAAUCCAGUCUGGUGCUAUAGUAUACAAUAGGCUGCUUCCGUCGCCCACUUCAGGACUCCUGCAUAAGAACGGCUGCUGCAAGGUAUUGUCGGAUAUUAUUCAUUCUAAUCAGACAGGUUUUUUACAUGGAAGAUACAUUGGAGAUAAUAAUAAUAAUAAUAAUAAUAAGCCAUUUAGCAGACGCUUUUAUCCAAAGCGACUUACAGUCAUGCGUGCAUACAUUUUUGUGUAUCGGUGGUCCCGGGGAUUGAACCCACUACCUUGGCGUUACAAGCGCCGUGCUCUACCAGCUGAGCUACAAGGCAAGUAUUGGAAACAAUAGAACACUAUGGAAAAUAUGGGAAACCAGGCCUGCUAUUCAUAGUUCGACUGGGGUUUAUAUAUAAAUGCCUGGAGCAUUUCAAUUUUGGAGAAUCUCUUAUAAAAUGGGUCAAAAUCAUGUAUAGUAACCCUAGGUGUAAAAUAGUAAAUAAUGGCUAUUUCUCAGAAAGUUUUAAACUGUCAAGAGGAGUGAAACAAGGUUGUCCACUAUCGGCAUAUCUUUUUAUUGUGGCCAUCGAGAUGUUAGCUAUUAAAAUCAGAUCCAAUAAUAAUAUCAGAGGAUUAGAAAAAUAGGGCUUAAAAACAAAGGUGUCAUUGUACGCUGAUGAUUCAUGUUUUCUUUUAAAUCCACAACUAGAAUCCCUCCACAGCCUCAUAGAGGAUCUAGAUACAUUUUCUAACCUCUCUGGAUUACAACCAAAUUAUGAUAAAUGUACUAUAUUACGUAUUGGAUCACAAAAAAAUAAAAAAUUUACAUUACCAUGUAGUUUACCAAUAAAAUGGUCUGAUGGUGAUGUGGAUAUACUCGGAAUACAUAUCCUAAAGGAAAUAAAUGAUCUCACUUCAAUACAUUUUAAUAGAAAGUUAGCAAAAAUAGAUAAGAUCUUACUACCAUGGAAAGGAAAAUACCUGUCAAUUUGUGGAAAAAUCACCCUGAUUAACUCAGUAUUAUCCCAGUUUACCUAUUUGCUUAUGGUCUUGCCUACGCCUAGCGAACCGUUUUUUAAAUUAUAUGAGAAAAAAAUAUUCAAUUUUAUUUGGAACGGCAAGCCAGACAAAAUUAAAAGGGCAUAUUUAUAUAAUGAAUAUGAAUUCGGAGGACAGAAAUUAUUAAAUAUUAAAGCAUUAGACCUAUCACUAAAAGCUUCAGUCAUUCAAAAGUUAUACUUAAAUCCGAACUGGUUCUCAAGCAAAUUAGUAAGAUUGUCUCACCCAAUGUUCAAGAAAGGCCUUUUUCCCUUUAUUCAGAUUACAACAACUCAUUUGCAGUUAUUUGAAAAGGAAAUAAUCUCCCAAAUAUCACUAUUUCUAAAACAAGCCAUAGAAAGUUGGUUGUAAUUUCAAUUUAAUCCUCCAGAAACGACAGAAGAAAUAAUGCAACAAAUAUUGUGGUUAAAUUCAAAUAUACUAAUUGACAAAAAAAACUUUAUUUUUUGACAGAAUGUUUAAAAAAGUUAUAAUCUUCGUAAAUGAUAUAAUCGGUAGGACUGGUGGAGUUAUGUUGCACAUGCAGCUAACAAAAACAUAUGGAAAUGUCUGCUCUACCCAAAAUUACAACCAAAUAAUUGCAGCCUUACCGCAAAAGUGGAAGAGGAAAGUGGAAGGGGGAGAAAGUAAGGAACUUGUCUGUCGGCCUUGCAUUAAAGAACAUAAUUGGUUAAGGAAAACUGUGAUAAAUAAAAAAGUAUAUCAGUUUCACUUAAGGACCAAAGGAUUGACAGCCGUCCCAUAUAGAUUGCAAAAUAGUUGGGAAGAGAUCUUUGACGUACCGAUCCCAUGACAUAGUGUUUAUGAACUGACACGCAAAACGACACCGGAUUCAAAAAUUAGAAUCUUUCAAUUUAAAUUAUUAUAUAAAAUUCUUGCAACCAAUAGAAUGUUAUUUAUAUGGGGGAUACAAUCUUCCCAGCUCUGCAGAUUUUGCUGUGAAGAGACAGAAUCAUUAGAUCAUUUGUUUUGGUUCUGUCCAUUUGUAGCUUGUUUUUGGACACAGGUCCAGGAAUGGCUAAAGGAUUGCAAUAUUUACCUGGAGCUAACCCUGCAGAUAGCAUUACUGGGUGAUCUGAAAAGUCAUAGUCAAUCGAUCAAGAAUAUAAUAAUACUUUUAGCAAAAAUGUUUAUUUUUAAUUCACAAUCUGUAGAAGCAAUGAGAAUAGAAAGGUUCAGAACUUUUGUAAAACAUCACAGUACGGUUGAAAUAUAUAUGGCAAAUAGAAAUCCUAUAUGGAUGGUGUUAAGAGAUAGAUGGGAGGUAUUGAAUAGAGUUGAAGGAUGGGGCUAAUAACAAAUAACAACAAAUAAUAACAAAGAUAGCUAAUAAUGUAAGCAUACUGUGUCCAUAAUAAGUAUAUAGGUUGUAUGUUGGGAGCUUUUGGGAAAAAGCACAGUUAGAAAGAUAUGGCAUAUAGAAGCAAACCGGAUGGACAUCAUGAAAAUGAUCGGAGAGGUUGAGAGUAGAAGAAGUUCAGGAGCAAAAAAAAUAAUAUAUAUAUAUACAGUGGGGAAAACAAGUAUUUGAUACACUGCCGAUUUUGCAGGUUUUCCUACUUACAAAGCAUGUAGAGGUCUGUAAUUUUUAUCAUAGGUACACUUCAACUGUGAGAGAGGGAAUCUAAAACAAAAAUCCAGAAAAUCACAUUGUAUGAUUUGUAAGUAAUUAAUUUGCAGGACAUAAGUAUUUGAUACAUCAGAAUAGCAGAACUUAAUAUUUGGUACAGAAACCUUUGUUUGCAAUUACAGAGAUCAUACGUUUCCUGUAGGUCUUGACCAGGUUUGCACACACUGCAGCAGGGAUUUUGGCCCAUUCCUCCAUACAGACCUUCUCCAGAUCGUUCAGGUUUUGGGGCUGUCGCUGGGCAAUAUGGACUUUCAGCUCCCUCCAAAGAUUUUCUAUUGGGUUCAGGUCUGGAGACUGGCUAGGCCACUCCAGGACCUUGAGAUGCUUCUUACGGAGCCACUCCUUAGUUGCCCUGGCUGUGUGUUUCGGGUCAUUGUCAUGCUGGAAGACCCAGCCACGACCCAUCUUCAAUGCUCUUACUGAGGGAAGGAGGUUGUUGGCCAAGAUCUCGUGAUACAUGGCCCCAUCCAUCCUCCCCUCAAUACGGUGCAGUCGUCCUGUCCCCUUUGCAGAAAAGCAUCCCCAAAGAAUGAUGUUUCAACCUCCAUGCUUCACGGUUGGGAUGGUGUUCUUGGGGUUGUACUCAUCCUUCUUCUUCCUCCAAACACGGCGAGUGGAGUUUAGACCAAAAAGCUCUAUUUUUGUCUCAUCAGACCACAUGACCUUCUCCCAUUCCUCCUCUGGAUCAUCCAGAUGGUCAUUGGCAAACUUCAGACGGGCCUGGACAUGUGCUGGCUUGAGCAGGGGGACCUUGCGUGCGAUGCAGGAUUUUAAUCCAUGACAGCGUAGUGUGUUACUAAUGGUUUUCUUUGAGACUGUGGUCCCAGCUCUCUUCAGGUCAUUGACCAGGUCCUGCCAUGUAGUUCUGGGCUGAUCCCUCAUCUUCCUCAUGAUCAUUGAUGCCCCACGAGGUGAGAUCUUACAUGGAGCCCCAGACCGAGGGUGAUUGACCGUCAUCUUGAACUUCUUCCAUUUUCUAAUAAUUGCGCCAACAGUUGUUGCCUUCUCACCAAGCUGCUUGCCUAUUGUCCUGUAGCCCAUCCCAGCCUUGUGCAGGUCUACAAUUUUAUCCCUGAUGUCCUUACACAUCUCUCUGGUCUUGGCUAUUGUGGAGAGGUUGGAGUCUGUUUGAUUGAGUGUGUGGACAGGUGUCUUUUAUACAGGUAACGAGUUCAAACAGUUGCAGUUAAUACAGGUAAUGAGUGGAGAACAGGAGGGCUUCUUAAAGAAAAACUAACAGGUCUGUGAGAGCCGGAAUUCUUUUUUUAUUUUAUUUUAUUUUUUAUUUUUUUAUUUAACCUUUAUUUAACCAGGUAAGCCAGUUGAGAACAAGUUCUCAUUUACAACUGCGACCUGGCCAAGAUAAAGCAAAGCAGUGCAAUAAAAACAACACAGAGUUACAUAUGGGGUAAAAAAAACAUAAAGUCAAAAAUACAACAGAAAAUAUAUAUACAGUGUGUGCAAAUGUAGCAAGUUAUGGAGGUAAGGCAAUAAAUAGGCUAUAGUGCAAAAUAAUUACAAUAGUAUUAACACUGGAAUGCUAGAUGUGCAAGAGAUUAUGUGCAAAUAGAGAUACUGGGGUGCAAAAGAGCAAAAUAAAUAACAAUAUAGGGAUGAGGUAGUUGGGUGGGCUAAUUUCAGAUGGGCUGUGUACAGGUGCAGUGAUCGGUAAGGUGCUCUGACAACUGAUGCUUAAAGUUAGUGGGGGAGAUAAGAGUCUCCAGCUUCAGAGAUUUUUGCAAUUCGUUCCAGUCAUUGGCAGCAGAGAACUGGAAGGAAUGGCGGCCAAAGGAGGUGUUGGCUUUGGGAAUGACCAGUGAGAUAUACCUGCUGGAGUGCAGACUACGGGUGGGUGCUGCUAUGGUGACCAAUGAGCUAAGAUAAGGCAGGGAUUUGCCUAGCAGUGAUUUAUAGAUGGCCUGGAGCCAGUGGGUUUGACGACGAACAUGUAGUGAGGACCAGCCAACAAGAGCGUACAGGUCACAGUGGUGGGUAGUGUAUGGGGCUUUGGAGACAAAACGAAUGGCACUGUGAUAGACUACAUCCAAUUUGCUGAGUAGAGUGUUGGAAGCUAUUUUGUAAAUGACAUCGCCGAAGUCAAGGAUCGGUAGGAUAGUCAGUUUUACGAGGGCAUGUUUGGCAGCAUGAGUGAAGGAGGCUUUGUUGCGAAAUAGGAAGCCGAUUCUAGAUUUAACUUUGGAUUGGAGAUUCUUUAUGUGAGUCUGGAAGGAGAGUUUACAGUCUAACCAGACACCUAGGUAUUUGUAGUUGUCCACAUACUCUAGGUCAGACCCGUCGAGAGUGGUGAUUCUAGUCGGGUGGGCGGGUGCCAGCAGCGUUCGAUUGAAAAGCAUGCAUUUAGUUUUACUAGUGUUUAAGAGCAGUUGGAGGCUACUGAAGGAGUGUUGUAUGGCAUUGAAGCUCGUUUGGAGGUUUGUUAACACAGUGUCCAAUGAAGGGCCAGAUGUAUACAAAAUGGUGUCGUCUGCAUAGAGGUGGAUCUGAGAGUCACCAGCAGCAAGAGCGACAUCAUUGAUAUACACGGAGAAAAGUGUCGGCCCAAGAAUUGAACCCUGUGGCACCCCCAUAGAGACUGCCAUAGGUCCAGACAACAGGCCCUCCGAUUUGACACACUGAACUCUAUCUGAGAAGUAGUUGGUGAACCAGGCGAGGCAGUCAUUUGAGAAACCAAGGCUAUUUAGUCUGCCAAUAAGAAUGCGGUGGUUGACAGAGUCGAAAGCCUUGGCCAGGUCGAUGAAGAUGGCUGCACAGUACUGUCUAUUAUCAAUCGCGGUUAUAAUAUCGUUUAGGACCUUGAGCGUUCUUACUGGUUGGUAGGUGAUCAAAUACUUAUGUCAUGCAAUAAAAUGCAAAUUAAUUACUUAAAAAUCAUACAAUGUGAUUUUCUGGAUUUUGGUUUUAGUUUCCGUCUCUCACAGUUGAAGUGUACCUAUGAUAAAAAUUACAGACCUCUACAUGCUUUGUAAGUAGGAAAACCUGCAAAAUCGGCAGUGUAUCAAAUACUUGUUCUCCCCACUGUGUGUAUAUAUAUAUAUAUAUAUAUAUAUAUAUAUAUAUAUAUAUAAUAUAAUUAUUGUAAAAUUAACUGUGUCCAUAAUCAAAUCAAAUCAAAUCAAAUUUUAUUGGUCACAUGCGCCGAAUACAACAGGUGCAGACAUUACAGUGAAAUGCUUACUUACAGCCCUUAACCAACAGUGCAAUUAUUUUAAACAAAAAAAGUAAGAAUAAAACAACAACAAAAAAAGUGUUGAGAAAAAAAGAGCAGAAGUAAAAUAAAGUGACAGUAGGGAGGCUAUAUAUACAGGGGGGUACCGUUGCAAAGUCAAUGUGCGGGGGCACCGGCUAGUUGAGGUAAUAUGUACAUGUGGGUAGAGUUAAAGUGACUAUGCAUAAAUACUUAACAGAGUAGCAGCAGCGUAAAAAGGAUGGGGUGGGGGGGCAGUGCAAAUAGUCCGGGUAGCCAUGAUUAGCUGUUCAGGAGUCUUAUGGCUUGGGGGUAGAAGCUGUUGAGAAGUCUUUUGGACCUAGACUUGGCACUCCGGUACCGCUUGCCGUGCGGUAGCAGAGAGAACAGUCUAUGACUAGGGUGGCUGGAGUCUUUGACAAUUUUGAGGGCCUUCCUCUGACACCGCCUGGUAUAGAGGUCCUGGAUGGCAGGAAGCUUUGCCCCAGUGAUGUACUGGGCCGUACGCACUACCCUCUGUAGUGCCUUGCGGUCGGAGGCCAAGCAGUUGCCAUACCAGGCGGUGAUGCAACCAGUCAGGAUGCUCUCGAUGGUGCAGCUGUAGAGGUUUUUGAGGAUCUGAGGACCCAUGCCAAAUCUUUUUAGUCUCCUGAGGGGGAAUAGGCUUUGUCGUGCCCUCUUCACGACUGUCUUGGUGUGUUUGGACCAUGAUAGUUUGUUGGUGAUGUGGACACCAAGGAACUUGAAGCUCUCAACCUGUUCCACUACAGCCCCGUCGAUGAUAAUGGGGGCGUGCUCAGUCCUCUUUUUUUUCCUGUAGUCCACAAUCAUCUCCUUUGUCUUGGUCACGUUGAGGGAGAGGUUGUUGUCCUGGCACCACACGGCCAGAUCGUGUGGUGCCAUAAGGUGUAGAUAGUAAGUAUAGACCGGAAGUAGAGGCCUGGGCAUUGUUGUUCACUAAUUUACUCCAAGUAGGGAAAGGAUGGCGGGGUUGAAAAGUAAUAAAGGGGAGUAUAUAUAUAAAAAACAUGGGGGAUUGGAAGUGAUGCAGACAAUUACAUUGAUAGAAGUUACAAUCUAUCUGCAAUAUUAAGCUGAUCCACCCCCCCCCAAAAAAAUACAAUAAAAUAAUAAAAAUAAAAAGAACUGCUGCUGCAUAACCGUCACACUGAUUUGCUGCAUAUAACAGAAAGGCUUUGUGUAGUCCGGGGCUGCUAGAGCCGGGGCAGACUGCAUUUCUUGUUUUAACGUUUCAAAUGCAGUUAAGGCAUCAUUCGACCAAUCAAGGUUAGCCCUAAUGUUUAGUUGCCCAGCACUUCUCAUAAGUUCUCGUAGAGGGGCUCUUUUGACAGCAUAUUCCUCUAUCCAGUCAGAGCUGAAUCCUGUCAUCCCUAAAAACGUCAUCAUUUGGGCAACUGUUAGCGCUACAUUGCUGAUGCCUUCUAAUUGUCCUGGUGCUAUUGCCUUUGUACCAUGAGCUACUGUCCGUCACAGAUCUUAAACUUGAAGCUGGCAGUAUUGGAGCUUUGUUUUCGAUACCUUGUGUCCCCCUUCCGCUAGUCUUGUCAAGACUUUCAUGGAAUCGGUAUGAAAUUGUUCCAAGGAGGGAGCACAGAUUAGUAAAUCAUCCACAUAUUGAAUCAAUGUUCCCUCGAGUAUCAAUUCCUCAAGGACCUGAUUAAAUACGUGGGGUGAGUGUUUAAACCCCUGUGGCAUGUGUGUGUAUGUGUACUGCUUGCCUUUGUAUGUAAAUGCAAACAGAUGUCUACACUCUUCUUCCAGGGGCACACAAAAAAAUGCUCCACAUAGAUCUAUUACUGUAAAAUACUUUGCUUCCAGAGGAACAUUGGUCAGCAGCGUGUGGGGAUUUGGCACUUCAGCAGUCUUGCACUAUGUCAUUUACUGCCCUCAAGUCAUGUACCAACCUCCAUUUCUGUUUGUCUGCUUUAAGGACUAGCAACAGAGGUGUGUUACAGCAACUCUGCGUCUCUAUUUUAUUAAUCCUUCAAUUGUCUUGCUUAUGCCUUCUUCUGCCUCAGGUUUCAUGUGAUACUGGGCUUUCCAAGGAGGCUUUGCAUCUGUUUUUUUCCCCUGAUGUAUAUGGGACUAGCUGAUUCUACCAGUCCCACAUUCUGUGUCAUGCUGUGACCAUACCUUGCUAGGUAUGUUCUUUUCCAUUUCUUGUCUAAGACUCUCCACUGGAGUUAUUGCUUCCCCUAGCUGAACUUGUUGCCUAGCUGUAAUCUCUACCUCCUGUGGGUCACCGGUCAUUACUGUGGUAUAGCCAUUUACAACAAUAACAAUGUCUACACUGUAUUUCUGAUCAAUUUGUUAUUUUAAUGGACAAAAAAAUAAAGCAAGGACAUUUCUAAGUGACCCCAAACUUUUGAAUGGUAGUGUACAUUCACUAGUGGUGGUGUGGGUUGUACUUGGGCCUGUGGCAUAGGGGGCAAUUGUGGCCCUCCGGAGGAGACCGCGGCCACCAGCCCUACUUCUGCCGUGGGUGCGGUUACUGGAGCUUGAACUUUUUUAUUUCCUUUUUUUGUCAAUUCUUCCCUGUUCUGUUCGUCUUUUCUGUAUUUUUCCACUGCAUGGAUUACAUGGUCACAGAAUUAUUUGUGUGACUUUGAAGUUAGUCCCACCACAUCCUCCAGCCUGCGUCUCACCGGCUGGGGCAUGGCCUCUACAACAGAAUUACCCUUCUGGAUCCCGUUCUGUCUCCAGCCUCCAUCGUUUCAGCUGUCCAUUUAGAUAGACAGCUGGGCGCUCUGUUUCUCCCAUCGCUUCACCUUUCAGGGACUUGGGGUCAAUCCUUGCCGGGUAUUCCGCUCUCAGGGCCCGCCAAAAUCCAGGGCAGUAGGUGUCAACUUCCACUCCAUCCCUCAGCGGAUCUCCCACCGCCAUUCUCAGGCCGCUGGCACACGGUACAUCCUCCAUCUUUGCCAUUCCCACCAUCCUUGCCAACAGUGCCUUCAGAUCCCCCACAGCCAGUAGUUUCCCCAUAGUUUCUUCCUCAAAGGUUCUUAUCCACUUGCCCGACCCAUCAUGUAUAUCCGGCAAGCGGGCGACCAAUCCUUCCAGGUCCUGCGAUCCCCAAAGGACAUAAUGCCCUUGCUUUUCAGGUUUUUUCAGCAUUCUCCUAUUCCACAACCUUCCCUCUUCUCUUUGUUUAAAAUAUAGUGUUUCCCUUAAAUUAGCUGAUGCACCUUCUUCUUCCCUUUCUAGCUCUCUGAGGUCCCGUUCUCUGGACAUACUAUGUUCUUUUUCCUUUUUCUCUGUUUCUUUUUCCAGCCCUCUUUUCAGUUUUAUAAAUUCUUCUCUGUAUGCAGGGUAUCUAUCCCCCAGGAUUUCUACCGCUGUUUUACUAAUUUCUGCUGCCUGUAUUCUUGGACUCCCCACUGCCAACCUCAAGUGUGAUUCUUUUUCUGUAUUUGGUUUUAUAGUUACCAGUAUUUUCCUUAGUGUCAAUCUAGUAACUGCCUGUGGUUUCAAUAUCACUGGUCUUUUGUUUACUGUCCACUCUACUGUCUUAGUACCACUGACAUUUCUAUAUAUGGGUAUUUUAUUUGUUGUCCAGUAACUCCUUUUCCUCUUUCAAACCCUUCCUGCUCUCCUAUGUCCAGAUAUAAUUAUACCUGGGUGUCUAUGGGUACUACUAUAAAGUGUAAGGUUCUUGCCUGUGCUAAUUCCUCAAGCGUCUGCCCUAUCCGUCCCACUGUCCAAUUUCUUCCAAUUAUGUUUCCCCAAUUUACGUAUGGCCACUCUUCUCCUACUUCCUCUAGAUUCCGUAUCUCAGUUUAACUUCUCAACAGAUAAUUUUUAUUUCCCUCCGUUAAACUAUAUCUUUCAAGCAAAUCUUCGUAUUCUGAUUCUCUCCAAAAAUUUGUUUUUAUUCCUUUAGCUUCCUGUAAUAUCCGUACUGUCCUCUGUUCCCUAGUUUCGUCUUGCUCUGCCAUUCACUUCCCUACUGGUAGUCUGUCCAACCUCUUGAUUCUCCCAACCACAAUGCAGUUAUUGUAAAUGUGUGCGUUCAUCUUUCUCGUAACACACUUAUCUCUCCUGAUUACCACCACCUUUUUGUAGCUAAUCUCAAAAACCGCCUUUUCACUUUUAUUUUCCCUAUUUCUAGACCAUUCGGUAGCUUAUAGCUUUCUACUCUCAGUAUUUCAAUGGUCAUUCGUGCAUCAUUCACACUCCUUUUUCCUAGUGCGAGACUGGGCACGUCCUCCCUACUGGGUCACACUCAAGUCACGGUCCAGGAGAGGUGCGCGUCCCCUUCCCACCCAGAACAGGAGUUCCUUUCACACUCACUUGCACUCUCACACUUCCACACUUUCCUAAGCGACCUGCACAUUCAGCCCUUUCGUGAUACACUUCCUCGACACAAAAAACGGUAUUAUACAGGGUUUUUGCCUGUCUGUGCAGCCCUCUGAUGAUACACUUCCUCAACACACCAGAGCGGUGUCCGCAGGACUUUCUUUCACGUGACCCUACCUAGGGAUUUUUACUGUUGCAACCAUCAAGGCUUUUAUUCCUUCAUUGUUUUGCAUGCAUUGUUUGAACCCAAAAGCUCCCAAUUCAUAUUUUUCAAGUUCUUAAAUUUGGAGAGACCUACUUGGUGUCCUGCUGCUGAGGCCCUGGAGCGAACCACACAAACUCUAUUCUAAUAAGCAAGAACUUUGCUUACCUUUUUUAGUGGCCACUUGUUUGUGUAGUUCGUCCAAGCCGUCCACAGCUGCAGAUUUUUUUACCAUUCUCUGUCCCUUUUUGCCAAUCGUGUUCGGUGACGCCAAGAUAUGUCGUGGAAAUACUUCUCAAAGAUAUCUCUCAGACACUGGAGCUUGUGAGUUCAGAAUAUACUUUAUUACAAAGUAACAACCCGAGCUGGUCCGCGGAGCAACUGCCAGUCCCAGACUUUGAGCUCUCUUUUUAUACAUGUGGUCCUCUGUAGCUCAGCUGGUAGAGCACGGCGCUUGUAACGCCAAGGUAGUGGGUUCGAUCCCCGGGACCACCAAUACACAAAAAUGUAUGCACGCAUGACUGUAAGUCGCUUUGGAUAAAAGCGUCUGCUAAAUGGCAUAUUAUUAUUAUUAUUAUUAUUAUUAUUAUUAUUAUUAUUAUACAGCUUCAUCUUUUCAUAUCAUAUCGGAACCCCCUCUUUAUCCAAAUAGCCACCCUCCCUUGACCUUGAGCCACUAUGGUUUCUUUGUCUAGCCUCUUUCCUGUCUAUGCCCAUGUCUGCUUGGUUUCCCGUAUUCUUGCCUGACUCUAUUGGUGGCGUGAUAAAGACAGUUCCUUUAAAAAUAAUAUACAUACACACCUGAUGAUAAUUAUAUAGUACAUUGAUUACUGCAGUCACAAUGUGCUUGUCCAGUAAUGCAUCUGGAUUACAACAUAUGUUUCAUAAUAUGUUUCAUACAUCAUAUGUUUCAAAAUAUGUUUCAUACAUAUAGUACAUUGAUUACUGCAGUCACAAUGUGGUUGUCCAGUCAUGCAUCUGUAGGCCGUCAUUGUAAAUAAGAAUUUGUUCUUAACUGACUUGCCUAGUUAAAUAAAGGUAAAAUAAAAAAUAAAAAAUCAUAGACAGGUGUAGUCACUAAUCCUCUUUUACACCCAUAAUAAUAAUAAUAAUAAUAAUAUGCCAUUUAGCAGACGCUUUUAUCCAAAGCGACUUACAUUCAUGUGUGCAUACAUUGUUAAGUAUGGGUGGUCCCGGGGAUCGAACCCACUACCCUGGCGUUACAAGCGCCAUGCUCUACCAAUUGAGCUACAGAGGACCACGAGUCUGCUUAUUGUUAAAUGAUUUUAUAAUAUAAGGAAAAAUACCUAUAACAACAGUGGUAGGCCUGAUCACCGACAACGAUGAGACAGCCUAUAGGGAGGAGGUCAGAGACCUGGCCGUGUGGUGCCAGGAUAACAACCUCUCCCUCAACGUGACCAAGACAAAGGAGAUGAUUGUGGACUACAGGAAGAAGAAGAGGACCGAGCACGCCCCCAUUCUCAUCGGCGGGGCUGUAGUGGAGCAGGUUGAGAGCUUCAAGUUCCAAUAAACUAUCAUGGUCCAAACACACCAAGACAGUCGUGAAGAGGGCAUGACAAAGCCUAUUCCCCCUCAGGAGACUGAAAAGAUUUGGCAUGGGUCCUCAGAUCCUCAAAAACCUCUACAGCUGCACCAUCGAAAGCAUCCUGACUGGUUGCAUCACUGCCUGGUAUGGCAACUGCUCGGCCUCUGACCACAAGGCACUACAGAGGGUAGUGCGUACGGCCCAGUACAUCACUAGGGCCAUGCUUCCUGCCAUCCAGGACCUCUACACCAGGCGGUGUCAGAAGAAGGCCCUCAAAAUUGUCAAAGACUCCAGCCACCCUAGUCAUAGACUGUUCUCUCUGCUACCGCACGGCAAGCGGUACCGGAGAGCCAAGUCUAGGUCCAAAAGGCUUCUUAACAGCUUCUACCCCCAAGCCAUAAGACUCUUGAACAGCUAAUCAAAUGGCUACCUGGACUAUUUGCAUUGUCCCUCCCCCCCACACCUCACCCCCUCUUUUACGCUGCUGCUACUCUCUGUUUAUUAUCUAUGCAUAGUCACUUUAACUCUACCUACAUGUACAUAUUACCUCAAUUACCUCGACUAACCUAUGCCCCCGCACAUUGACUCUGUACCGGUACCCCCUGUAUAUAGCCUCACUACUGUUAUUUUACUGCUGCUCUUUAAUUAUUUGUUAUUUUUUACUUUUUUUUCUUAAAACAGCAUUGUUGGUUAAGGGCUUGUAAGUAAGCAUUUCACUGUAAGGUCUACACCUAUUGUAUUUGGCGCAGGUGACAAAUAAAAAUUGAUUUGAUUUGACUCAGGGCUGGCAGGGGGCCAGCCUCUCCUGCAGUGCCACUCUCAGACGGUAAUUAACACGGUGCCCAUGCCAAGCCCACCAUCUUGACAGGGAUAAAUCCUGCUCUACUACAUCCAAGUUUAGGGGAGACCCAAACACACACAGAGCCCCACCUCCAUGGGCCAGCUCACCCAAUUACCACACACACACACACACACACACACACACACACACACACACACACACACACACACACACACACACACACACACACACACACACACAGAGCCCCACCUACAUUGGCCAGCUCACCCAAUUACCACACACACACACACACACACACACACAGAGCCCCACCUACAGGGGCCAGCUCACCCAAUUACCACACACACACACACACACACAGAGCCCCACCUACAGGGGCCAGCUCACCCAAUUACCACACACACACACACACACACACACACACACACACACACACACACACACACAGAGCUCUCCAGAAACCACAGGGGUCUGACUUACAGCACCCAAACACAUUCCCAGCUCUUUACGACCACUCUAACUGCUGGCCAGGGGCCUGAUUCUCCUACACCCAAACACAGGGGCUUCUCCAACCCUCAUGAACAGAGCCAUAGACACAUUAAUUAGACACAUUCAUAUUUAAGGCCUUCCAGUCACGAUUUAAAGCAGAAAUCAUGUGUGACAUCUGUCGCUAGAGGUUUGAAUGACUGCAGUUGAGUAGUGUUUAAAAAUGCAUCUGAAAGAAUGAUUCCUAGCACGCACAUCUGCCCCGCCUCUGACACUUCGGUAUGGUCACACUGUCAGCGAGCAAGGACAAACAUUCGGAGAAGAGAGGAGAGGAGAUCAGAGAGGAGAGAUCAGAGAGGAGAUCGGAGAGGAGAGGAGAUCAGAGAGGAGAGAUCAGAGAGGAGAGAUCAGAGAGGAGAGAUCAGAGAGGAGAGGAGAGGAGAUCAGAGAGGAGAGAUCAGAGAGGAGAGGAGAUCAGAGAGGAGAGAUCAGAGAGGAGAGGAGAGGAGAUCAGAGAGGAGAGAUCGGAGAGGAGAGGAGAGAGGAGAGAUCAGAGAGGAGAGGAGCUAUCAUUCAGAAAACAUCAGAGUUGUGGCUUGAUGGUCCCUCUCUCAGGAUUGCUGCCCUGUGUCUCCUAGGAUCCUGUGUACAAACGGAGUGGUGACACUUCAGGUGCUAAUACACUCCCUUUGAAAGAGGAGAGGAGAGGAGAGGAGAGGAGAGGAAAAGAGGAGAGGAGAGGAGAGGAGAGGAGAGGAAAGGAAAGGAGGAACAGAAAGGAGAGGAGAGGAGAGGAGAGGAGAGGAGAGGGGAGGAGAGGGGAGGAAAGGAAGGAGGGGAGGGGAGAAGAGGGAAUGACAGCAGGGAGAUAGUUGCACUGGAAUGACCUACAUCUAAGCUUCCCAUACAUCUUUUCCUAGAUCCUUUGAGUCCGUCCAUGCUAGUCCUUGUCCACAAUUCACUGCGAGAAUCAAGGAAAUGCACCGUAAUGACUUGGUUCCAUACACAUUGGGAAAGGCACUUCACAUUGAUUGAACUUGAAUGUGAUAAAAUGUAUCUUCUUAAAGGUUGAUUAAGGUCUCCCCUGUCUUUCAGGGAGAGGAGGAGAGCUUCACUCUGAAGUCCUGCACAAGGCGGAAGACGGACUCUAUAGAGAAGAGGUUCUGUUUUGAUGUGGAGGGUGUAGACAGGUGAGUCAUUGCUGCUGUCUAAUAGCUUUUUCUUACCCAUUCCAACCACAGGGUGGUGCUCACAAGUGUUGCUGGGGCUGAGGCUGUGUCUGAGUGACUAGUGAGAGCUCAACACAGAGGAUCUUAAUGAGGAUUGGCAAGUGCAAAAUCCCAGUACACAGCAUAUUGCCUCAACUUGUCUAUUUAAUGUCACAUUAAUUGCAGAUGAAGAUGGAGAGCAGUUUGAAAUGCGUUGUUCAGCAGUAAGCCGUGCCUGUCCUGUACACUAGAAGCUGCCUGGAGACAGACGCUAGAAGGCUUAGUUUUGGAAAUGAGGGUGUAAGUUAGAUCAGGAAUACCAUGUGAGAUGCCUGCCUCCUCUCCAGGCCAGUCUUAGCAGAGUGUUGUCUGACUGCAUAUAGAGCAGCAGAGCCUGUGACUCCCUAACGCUAGCUCUACUGUGUCCACUACAGCCUAAGAUCUCUCUCCACCAUCAUCGGCCCAUUCCUUCACUCAAUCCUCCUCAUUUAUUUAUGGUAUUUGGGUGUCCUCUGCCCAGAGUGUGUGUGUGUGUUCGCUAGAUGCAGUGUACUGUUGUUGUAACCACAUUCCUGUUUAGCAGCAUGAAAGUAAAAGCUAGACUCAACAUGCUUCAACAGUUCACAAGGACAACCUGAGUGUGAGUGUUAGGCAGAGUGUGCAUUAUGGUGUGUGUGUUUAUGAGUGCGUGUGCGUGGAUCCAUGUCUGUAUAUGCACGCAUGUGUGUGUGGCGCGCAUGUGUGUAUGUGUAUCAGUGUGUGUGUGUGUGUGGUUUGAAGUAGGACUGUGUUGACAGCUUUAUGUGAGCCUGCUGCCAGGGCCAGGUGAAAUAUGCUAAAGCUGGCCAGAGAUGAGCGUAGCUUAAUUGGACUUUUGAAUAGGGCCAGACCAGGGUGGAUUGAUAGAGGCCUCAGUCUGUAUGGGGAUGGUUGUGGUGGGAGCAGCAGGUUGACUUGAUGGGGCUAAUGUUUUAUCACGUCAGAGGACCCAAACAAGGUGAAAUAUAUCCUUCUGUCAAUCACACACACAUUUGAUUAAAGACUGAUCUUUGUGUUGUUCAUCAGUAUAUGAUAUCUUGUUUGUAUCUGUGGUGUGUGUUGCAGGCCGGGGGUGAUCACCAUGCAGGCUCUAUCGGAGGAAGACCGCAGGCUGUGGAUGGAGGCUAUGGAUGGGAGAGAACCGGUACGUUGCCACGGUUACACACUCAUCCUGUGUGUGCGUGUGCGUGUGUGUCUGUGUGUGUACGUGCGUAUAUGUUGAUAGCCCACCACAGGAAUUUGUCGUAUGUACAGGAUACAUAUGGUAUACGCCAUCCAAUGAAAUGCUUACUGCAGGUUCCUUCUCAACAAUGCAACAACAAUAAUAAAUAAUAAAAGAAUAGGAACAUAAAGUAGAUGACUCAGUAGAAUAGAAUAAACAUUUUAGCAUAAGUAUAAUACAGGAAGGCACAAUUUAUAGUACAAUAUUUACACAUUUUUGGGGAAGGGGUGGAUUGGGGAGGCAAAUUGUGCAGUAUUUAGCAAUCAUAAUAAGAGUCUGGUUGCAGCAGUUGUGUGUGUAGCAUGAAUGUGUGUGUGUGUGUGUGUAUGAGUGUAUAUAUGUGUGCUAAGGCCCGUAGAAUCACAGCAGGUGGUCAGUCCAGUUCAAGUGUUCAGAAGUCUAAUGGCUUGUAGAUAGAAACUGUCUCUGAGCCUGUUGGUAUCAGACCUCAUGCUCCGAUACCGUUUGCCCGACGGUAAGAGAGUGAACAGCUGGUGGCUGGGGUGUGUGGGGUCCUUGAUGAUGCUGCAUGCCAUCAGGAAGCCACUUGAAUCACUAGCAACUUCCAUUGAUAUCAAUGUACUGUCCUACUACUCACCAGGCAGGCAGUGUGACGUGUUGUGUACGACACGUUUUAUUACAGCAUGGUGUACAUGGGGAUAUGUAAGCACAGCCUGUGUUCAGUACACAGAUAGGUGUUUGUGACUGGUGGUGGCGGUGGCGGUAAAGCUAAGCGGUGUAACCGUGGUAACUGGGUGUCUCUGUUCCUUCCAGGUCUAUAACUUAAACAGAGACAGCCAGAAUGAAGGCAGUAAGUGACACAUUGGUAUUCAUUUGCUUUACUCUACCAUCUGUCCAGAUGAAUGCACACUAAUAAUUGAUGGGAUUAAUUUUCUUCUUUACCUCUGUUUCUCCCUCUCUUUCUCUCUCUACCUUCCCUCUCUCUUUCACCCUAUUUUUCUCUCUCUACCUCCCCUCUCUCUAUCACUCUCUUUUUCUCUCUCUACCUAUCGCUCUUCAUCCCUUCCUUUCUCUCUUUACCUUUCCUGCCCCAUCCCCCUUCCCUCCCUCUCUCCCUCUUCAUCUCACAGUGGUCCAGCUGGACGUGGUUGGCUUCAACGUUGUGAAGAAGUUCAUCUAUGCUGUGGAGACCAGAGGUAUUGAACUAAGGCUUGGCUGCUUACAGCUCUAAUACUACUGUACUGUUAAUCUGAUGUCACUGGUCAGUGUGACUCUUAUAGGUCCUAGAAGAUCUUUAUAUAUCUCUGUCCUGUUCUGUUCCGUCCCACAGGCAUCGAUGAGCAGGGUCUGUACAGGAUUGUUGGGGUGAACUCCAGAGUGCAGAAACUACUGGGUCUUGCCAUGGGUAAGACAGAGAGAUAUUGGAGUAG